CGCCGACCAACUCUGGGAGUCAAUCUCCAACGACCGUGGCUCUUAUGGCCCGGUACGCUUGGAUGGUUACGAGGAUAGCCACGUUUUGAAGAAUGGUCCGCGCUCAUUUGAUGCCUCGCUCUUUUCCAUGACCGAUGAAGAAGCCAAGAGCUGCAGUCCGCAGCAGCAGAAGCUCUUGGAAGUGACUCGCGAGUGUUUUGAAGAUGCGUGUGAGAUUAAUUACCGGGGCAAGGAUGCUUGCGUGGGCUGCUUUGUUGGCACCUCCAACGAGGAUGAUGCCUCGGUGGUUUCAUCAAAGAACGAUUUGAAAGGCCCAAGUAUGAUAAUCAAGUCGCCUCUUGUGGCCUUGCAUGAGGCUUGUUGUGCAGUUCGAUCUGGAGAUGCCAAGUCUGCAAUUGUCGUGGCAUCUAGCGUGAUGCUAGGUUCAAAAGAUGACGCUGAAAAGUAUGAGGUGUCCGCUGUAUAUAUCAAGACGCUGCCUGAUGCCAUUCGCGACGGCCACCCAAUCCGUGCCGUAGUUCGCGCGUCCACUGCAGCAAGCGUGGUGGCUGCUUUUGAUGAAGACUCUGCGGCUAAAGUAUUUGAGAAGUUGAUUCGUAACGCUUAUGUCGCCGCGGGCUUGGAACCCCGUUCGACGCUUCUCGUUCAAUGCGAUGGCGUCAAUGACCACAUGAAAGAUUCGAGCGAAAUGUCUGCUAUUAGCAGCGCUUUUGGCGACAAUGGAAUUUAUCUCGGUGAAGGUGCUCCUGGCCUUAUGAGUGUUAUCAAGGCUGUGCUCACCCUGGAGAACCGAAUUAUUCCUCCAACCGCUGCCCCUAUUUCCAUUGCUCAGAAAAACCUCAUUGUGGCUGCAAACCCUACUCCUUUUGCAUCUAGCCAUGCUGAAAGAAUUAGUAUUAAUUCCGCUGGCGCUGAGGGAUACAGCGCGCACGUUAUCAUUGACUCUUAUCCUAAAUAUUCUUCGUGUAAAUCCAGUUCUCAGCCGGAACUCGUUCUCUUCUCUGCACAUAAUUCAUCUUCUUUGGCUAAGCAAAUAGAACUCCACCGCGAGUAUGCUCAGGCGCAUCCAAACAAUGCGGCUGAUAUGGCAUACACACGUGCCAUGCGGCGCGAAGCUCUGGAAUUUAAGGCAUUUUCCAUUUUGUCUAAUUCUUCUUUUAGUAAUAUUUCGAAUUUUGUCAAGUCUUCUGCGAAGACUUUGUCCAUUGCUAUGAUCUUUAAUGGCCAGGGUGCUCAAUGGGCAGGCAUGGGCAGAGACCUCAUCUUGAGCAAUCCGGAUUUCAAGAAGGAUAUUGAGAAGAUGGAUAAUGUUUUGCAAGGAUUGAAGCUACCAGCCACCUGGUCAAUUGAAGAGGAGCUUCUCCGAGAUGCUACCGAUACCGAAAACCGGGUUAAUUCAUCCCAACUAUCAUAUCCCCUCAGUACAGCGCUUCAGAUUGCCCUGGUCAACCAUUUCGAACGACUUGGAGUUGUCCCGAAAGCAGUUGUUGGCCAUUCUAGUGGUGAAAUCGCUGCAGCUUAUGCUUCGGGUUUUCUCUCUUUGAAAGAUGCCAUCACCAUCGCUUACUACUACGGCUAUGUCACUACUAAGAGCCAGAAGGAUGGUUCUAUGGCUGUGGUCAGUUUGGGUACGAAGGACGUCAGUGGCUUCCUAGCGGAAGGUGUAGUGAUUGCUUGCGAAAACUCUCCUACUAGCACUACCAUUUCUGGUGAUAGCGAGGUUGUAGAGCAUGUGCUCAAAUCCAUCAAGACUGCCAAACCCGACGUGACUACUCGUACUUUGCGCACCGGUGUUGCCUAUCAUUCUCACCACAUGAACUCGCUUGCAGAUGAGCUUCUUAGCCUCUUGAAGAGUGAGAAAGUUGCUUCAAAGGCAACAAAGAAGAACAAGGCUCUCUUUAUGUCUAGUGUUAAUGAGAAAGUCUUGAAAAAGCAGAGCCAAUUUGGUGCUGCUUACUGGAUCUCCAACUUGGUGUCGAGAGUUCGAUUCAACACUGCUGUUUCGAAUCUUCUUGUUACGUCUCCCGAAGAGACUCUGUUUCUAGAAAUCGGACCGCAUUCUGCACUCUCCGUCCCUAUAUCUCAGAUCUGUGCGGCUGCAAAGGUUCGAUGCAACUAUGUAUCAUCCCAAACUCGCGGGGCCGAUGGUGCAGUGAGCUUCCUCUCUGCCGUUGGAAGGCUGUGGCAGGAAUCAGUUUCGCUGAAUCUAGCCCCGUUGUUUACCGGCGGUAAGGCAAUCACUGGAUUGCCCCAGUAUCCCUGGAGCCAAAGCAAUUCGGAUGAGAGCGUUGAUGCCACUGGUCUACCCCGUGAAAAAAGGGCACGCAUUAUUGCGGAAGCCAGCUCUCUGGAGAGCGAACUUGCGGACGAUGAGGCUCCGACGACAGAAAUGGAAGUAGUCCUUCGGGCUCUUUGGAUUGAGGUUCUUCGAGAUGUGAUUCAAAUCCGCAAACAGGACAUUGGAAAGCAGCACAGCUUCUUCAUGCUUGGAGGUGAUUCUCUAACAAGCAUUGAACUGGUUACUGUUGCUUACCAGCAUGGCAUUCAUCUCAGCCCCGCUGCAAUUUCCGAUAACCCUACUCUCAGCAAAAUGGCAGCUGUGGCCACUAUCGAUGAGAGUAGUGCGGCAACGACUGAAGUGGAAACUUUUAGCUUGAUAUCUCAGCAUAGCCUUGAAGACAUCAAGAAGCGGAUUCGGGAAGAGUGCAAGCUUAAAACGAAUGAAGUGAUUGAAGAUAUUUAUCCCUGCACAACCCUACAAGAAGGUUUCAUGGCUUUGGGGAUGAAGCAACCUGGCUCUUACAUUCACAGAGUGGUGUAUAAGCUGAUGCCUAAUAUCGAUAUAGAUCAGUUCAAGAAUUCUUGGGAGGCUACCAUCAGUCAGUGUGGCAGUUUGCGUUCGCGAGUUAUGCUUGUCGAUGGUCGAGCUCUCCAAGCUGUGGUUGCUGGAGAUACUGCCUGGGAACACCCUGCUCCCGGUCUGGAUGUACAUACCUAUCUCAAAGGAACGCGAAGUAUUGGAAUGAGCUAUGGUCAACGCUUAAGCAGACAUGCUUUGGUCCGAGAAAGCAAUGGCGAUGUCUAUUUUGUAUGGAUUAUUCACCACGCAGUGUUUGAUGGUCUUACCAUGCGAAUUGUCCUGGAUAAUCUGUAUCACGCCUAUCGCGGGAAUGACUCUAAAGCGUUGCGCCCAUAUUCCAACUUCAUUCGCUAUGUAGAAUCUAUCGACGCGACCGCCUCUGCCGAGUAUUGGAGAAAGGAGCUUGAUGGCGCUCAGCGCGCUCACUUCCCAUCCGCUAAGUUAUCUACUAUCUCUAAAGAUAAAGUCAUGAAGAGAAAGCUGCCUUUUAAGAAUACGAGGUCCGCUUCUGCUACUACAGCCACGGUUCUUCGUGCAGCCUGGGCUCUUCUCCUUGCGAGCUACUGCGACUCUGACGAUGUAUGUUUCGGUACGACCUUGUCUGGUAGACAGGCAGCAGUACCCGGGCUGAAUGAGAUUCCCGGACCAAUGAUUGCAACUGUUCCAAUCCGUGUUAAGAUUGAACGUGGCAUGACUGCAUCAGAAUUCAUGGAGAAAAUCCAGACUCAAGCUUCGGAAAUGGUGACCUACGAGCAAUAUGGCCUUCAGAACAUUUCAAAGCUGAGUCAGGAUGCUGAAGAAGCUUGCAAAUUCUCCAACCUAAUCGUUAUCCAGCCGAAUAGCCAUUUGACUUCUAGUGCCGAUACUGCUUCUGACGCAAUUUUGCAGCAAGGACCAGCUGAGAAAGCUCUCUCAGAAGAAGCUAUGCGUAACUACUUCAACUAUCCUCUCGUUUUGCAACCUCGUAUCAGCGAGGACAGCAUUGAGUUGGAGUUUACCUACUACGCUGAUGCUGUUUCAGAGGGCCAACUCGAAGCCCUAUGCUUCCACUAUGAACAUAUUAUCCAGCAGUUGCUUUCUCCCGGUGACAUGCUUCUUAGCGCUCUGGAGGUCUCUGGCCCGUGGGAUUUGGAACAAUCUCUCAAAAUUAACAAUGAGACGCCUGAAAUUGUCGAAUUGUGUCUGCAUCAGCUUGUUGAGAGACAGGCCAGAGAGCGGCCUAAUGCCCCUGCGAUCCAAGCUUGGGAUUUGGAAUUGACCUAUGAACAACUCAACCGCGCUGCUCACCGCCUUGCUCAUUAUCUCAUCAACACAUGGGGAGUCACAGAUCAAGAUCUCGUGCAUGUUUGCUUUGAGAAAUCGGCCUGGUUUUUCGUGUCUAUAGUUGCUAUUAAUAAAGCUGGUGCUGCUUGGGUCCCCCUGGACCCCUCGCACCCAAUUCAGCGACAGCAACAAGUUGUCUCACAGACUAAGGCGACUCUAGCUCUAGCUUCCCCUACCAAUGCUGGGAUGUGCUCUGAACUAGUUGAUAACGUUGUCGAAGUGUCUUCUACUUUAGACGAGGAAUUGGCUAAGACGGAAAUGAGUUCUUAUGAGAUGAUGCGCGCCGUAUCGCCAUACAAUGCCGCGUAUGUUUUAUUUACUUCAGGAAGCACCGGAACGCCAAAGGGUCUAGUUAUGCAACAUGCAGCCGUCUGUACUUCACAGACUGCAAUUACCAAGCGCCUUGGGAUGACGUCAGACGUGAGACUACUACAAUUUGCCUCAUUUGUCUUUGAUCUCUCCAUUGGUGAGAUUGUAGGUCCUUGGGUGGUUGGAGGCUGCCUCUGUGUCCCAUCUGAGCAUACAAGGAUGAAUGAUCUGGUAGAUUUCAUAAACACCAUGAAGAUCAACUGGGCGUAUUUGACUCCCUCGUUUACUCGGACCUUGAAUCCCAGUGAUGUGCCUGGCUUAGAGUUGCUCCUGUUUGCGGGUGAGGCUGUUGGACGCGAUGUGUUUGAGGCCUGGUUUGGAAAGAUGCGGCUAAUCAAUGGCUGGGGUCCUGCUGAGACUUGUGUCUUCUCAACCCUACAUGAAUGGAAGAGUCUAGAGGAAUCUUCCUUGACAGUUGGUAGCCCAGUUGGCGGCUAUUGUUGGAUUGUUGAUCCACAGAAUCCACAGCGGCUGGCUCCUAUUGGAACCCUUGGUGAGGUUGUUAUCCAGGGACCUACUAUUCUUCGCGAAUAUCUAGCAGAUGCAGACAAAACUGAGGCAUCAAUGGUUCGGAGCCUUCCUGAGUGGGCACCGAAACGCACUGCCAGACACUGGAACCGAUUUUAUAAGUCCGGUGACUUAUGUCGAUAUAAUGCGGACGGCACUAUCGAGUUUGGAUCUCGCAAGGAUAGCCAGGUCAAAAUCAGAGGCCUGCGCGUUGAGCUUGGUGAGAUAGAGCAUCAUAUCCGCGAAUCUCUAGAAGGCGUUAAGCAAGUUGCCGUUGAUAUUGCAAAGGGAGACGGUGGCGCAUUCAUCGUAUCCUAUUUUUGCUUCGCUGAGGAAACGCGUACGGCUGGCAAAAACUCCGAGACGAGCGUGAAAGACGUGUUUGCUCCAAUGACUGCUGAACUCCAGAGCCAGCUCACUGCCUUGGCUGGACAACUUAGCGUAACGCUUCCUCGUUAUAUGAUUCCAACCCUGUUCAUUCCAUGCCACUACAUGCCAUUCAUCACCUCGACGAAGUUGGAUAUGAAACUUCUACGACUCGCGACGUCUAAUCUUGGUAAAGAGGACUUGGCGAGAUAUUCGCUUGUGGAUAGCAAGAAACGUGCACCAGAAACUGACAUGGAGACACAAAUUCAGACAAUCUGGGCUGAACUCUUGAAGCUCCCUGCCAAUUCAAUUGGCAGAGACGAUAGUUUCCUGAGAAUGGGCGGUGAUUCCAUUGCUGCCAUUUAUUUUGUGUCUGCUGCCCGCGAGGCUGGAAUUUCCAUUGCUGUCAAGGAUGUUUUCGACGACCCUCGGUUGUACCAAGUAGCUUCCAAGGCCACUCUUGUUAAGAAUAAGAGCCAAUCUGCUCAUAUCAAACCCUUUAGUCUGCUUGAAGACCCUUUGAGCAAAUACAUACAGAGUGAUGCAGCUAGAGAUAGUUUUGGCCUUGAGAAAGAUCAGGUAAUCGAAGACGCUUACCCCUGCACCCCUCUGCAAGAGGGUCUUAUGGCUCUCACUGCUAAGCAACCGGGCUCGUACAUCUCGCACUGGUAUUACCGCAUACCUAGACAUAUUGAUAUUGCCAGAUUCAGAGCUGCCUGGGAAGAAUCUGUGGAGCUUACUACAACCUUACGGACUCGUAUUAUACUUCAGGAUGGCUUUGCAAUGCAAGCUGUUAUUACGAAUGACGGUCGAUGGGAGGAAACUAUUGGCCAUAAUCUUGAGUCCUAUAAGCGCUUAAUCCCUAAACUUGAUAUCGGAUAUGGAACUCGCCUUACUCGAUUUGCUCUUGUAGAAGAACAAGAUGCUGCCUAUUUCGUAUGGAUCACUCACCACGCUAUAAGUGAUGGCUGGAGCAUGAGAAUUGUCCUGGACAACGUCUAUAACCGCUACUAUGGCCAGAAGUUGUCUCCUAUAACCCCCUAUUCGAACUUCAUAAACUAUAUUAGCCAGAUCGAUAAUGAUGGUGCGGCUAACUUUUGGCGAUCUAAUCUGUCUGGUGCCCAAAAACCAAUCUACCCAGCUUCUGGAAAUGCUCUCACUACUGAUCGCUCUGAUGGCGCGGUACAUGUUGUUGAACGAUUGAUAUCUUUUCAAGGCCAAAAAGAUACCUCAAUUACAAUGGCCACCGUACUUCGAGCUGCCUGGGCGAUUGUUCUGGGCCGACGUUGCGAGGCCAGCGACGUGUGCUAUGGCGCUAGUGUUUCUGGCCGCCAAGCCGCCAUGAAUGGUAUUUUAUCGGCUUCUGGAGCUAUCAUUGCCACUAUUCCAAUAAGAGUUUACCUGGGAGCAGAUAAACCUGUGAAACAAUUGCUCCAAGAUCUCCAGGCUCAUGCACAAGACAUGGUCCCCUACGAACAGUAUGGUUUGCCAAAUAUCUCGAAGCUGAGCCCUGAAGCUCGAGAAGCUUGUGAUUUCACCUCAUUGCUGGUUAUUCAGCCCAAAGAGCAAGAAAGUACCAUUUUCAACACGAAGGAUGGUCUGUUGCAAUCCGGAAGUGAGGAGGAUCAGCUGGCAAUUGAGUCUAUGAAUAACUAUUUCAACUAUCCGUUAGUCAUGCUUAGCUUCAUGGCUGAACAGAGCGUGAGCCACAGAUUUUGUUACAAUCCAGAUGUCAUGCCUGAGGACGAAAUCGAAGCUCUUUCUUACCAGUUUGAGCACGUUGUUCAGCAACUUUUAAGCCCUGACGACAAGCUGAUCAGGGACGUAUCUCUUGUCGGCGAACGAGAGAUCAAACAUGCCGCCGACGCAUCGCUCUAUUACCCCGCCACUGAAUCCUGCACCCAUUGGGAGAUAUACAAGCAGAUCGAUGCAAAUCCAGAUGCCCCUGCGAUUGACUCUUGGGAUGCUAAGCUUACUUAUGGCGAAGUUGGUACUCUGGCCUCUCGCUUAGCUGUCAAACUGCAGAGUCUUGGAGUCGGCCGUGAUACCCUCGUCCCUAUUUCGUUCCCUAAAUCUACCCCUGCUAUGAUCACGAUGGUCGCCAUCCAGAUGGCUGGUGGUGCUCUUGUCCCUCUGGAUCCUGCGGCUCCACUAGCACGUCUGCAAAGUAUUGUCUCGGACACUCAGGCUAAGCUUAUCGUUACUCAUCCUUCUCUUGAAGAUAAGCUUCAAGAGCUUGGCGUUGACCUCCUGAUAGUUGAUAAUUCAAUGCUACACCAGCUUCCAGACCCUGAGAGCAAGUUCAUCACAUCAGGUGCCACGCCUGAUAGUCUCUACGCAGUGUUGUUUACAUCCGGUUCUACAGGCAAACCUAAAGGUAUUCGCAUUCCACAUAGCAGUCUCUGUUCUGCAAGCGAUGCCCAUGCUGCGAGUACCGGCGUGGGGCCUGGAGCUAGAGUGUUUCAAUUUUCUGCAUAUACUUUUGAUGUUGGUGUUCUUGAUGUCUUGAUUACGCUAAUGCGCGGUGGUUGUGUCUGUGUGCCAUCCGAAUAUGAUCGUCUCCACAAUAUUGCCGGGGCGAUCAACGCUCUUCAAGCUAAUUGGGCUUUGUUGACACCCUCUGUUGCCGACAUGAUUAACCCAGCUGAGGUACCUUGUUUAACUACUCUUGGACUGAUUGGCGAGGCUAUUUAUAAGAAGAAUUCAGAGAGAUGGAAGGGUUAUGCUGACCUGCAUGGUCUUUAUGGUCCUGCUGAGGCAUCUGUCUGCGCUUGGAACUCCGACAUACACAAUGGACCUUCUACCAACCUGGGCUUCCCACUCUCCAGUGCUUUCUGGGUUGUCGAGGCCGAUGACCCCAGCCGCCUUGUGCCAAUUGGCUGCAUUGGUGAGCUGCUCAUUCAAAGCCCUAUUCUAGCUUGCGGGUAUCUCAAUGCCGACGCUAAAAACACCGCCAACUGGCUGGAAGAUAUGACAUAUGACUGGCUCCCAGCUGCUGGCCCAAAACGGGCCUAUCGAACUGGUGAUAUGGUCCGUCGUAAUCCUGACAAAACGUUUGAGUAUAUGGGUCGAAAGGAUAAUCAGGUAAAGAUCCGUGGUCAGCGCGUUGAGUUGAGUGAAAUCGAAUAUGUUGUCUUGGCCAACUUGCCAGGGCUGAAACAAAUCGUGGUUGACAUUAUUAAUAACCAAGAAGCUGGCCUUAGCCUCGUUACCUACAUGUGCUUCAGCGAUGAUACCAAAGGCAGUAGUGGCGAUCUGGAUGGAAUGUUCUUGAGCAUAACACCCGAGAUGAAACAGCAGUUCUCUGAAAUGCUUAGCCAGCUCAGCAUUUAUCUCCCUCACUAUAUGAUCCCUACUAUCUUUGUGCCCUGCAAGUUUAUGCCUUUGAACACAUCUGGCAAGAUGGAUCGUAAAGCUUUUCGAGCUGCCGCUGCUGCUCUUAGCAAAGAGGAGCUCGUGGCUUAUACUCUUUCUGACGAAGAAGACAAGCAGCCACCUGAGACCCCAAUGGAAGCAAGGCUGCAGCAAAUAUGGGCAAAGACGCUCAAGGUUGCUCCCGAGUCCAUCGGUCGCGGCUCUAACUUUUUGCGCUUAGGUGGUGAUUCUAUUGCUGCGAUCUACAGCAUUAGGGCUGCAAAUGAAGCGGGUAUUGAUUUGACUGUUAAAGAUAUCUUCGAUGACCCCAGACUGUCGAAGGUUGCCGCUAAAGCUGUCGAUAUGAGUGGCGAUGCAGGUCAACAGAAUGCCGCCACCGAGCCCUUUAGCCUUGUCGAUGCAACCACGCGUAGCUGGGUAUUGGGUGAUGAGAUUCGUAACCUUUGCAAGCUGCUUCCCCACCAGGUCGUUGUGGAUGCCUUUUCCACUACGAGUUUUCAAGAAGGCCUCAUGGCGAUGAGCGUUAAGCACCCAGGGUCUUAUAUUGCUAAGCAUGUUUACAAGGUCCCCAAGCAUGUUGAUCUUGGGCGCUUUAAGGAUGCCUGGGAAGAAACCGUCAGGAUUUGCGAUAUCUUGCGUACUAGAAUUGUGCUUCACAAGGGAUCUCCUAUUCAAGUCAUUAUCAACGAUGAUAUUGCUUGGGAUGUGGCAAAUGGACAGGAUAUGGUUGCGUACAUCAACACAACAAAGGCCAUUAAGAUGACUUAUGGUUCACGCCUUUGCCAAUAUGCUCUAAUAGAGGAAUCUAGCGGUGCUAGAUAUUUUGUCUGGACUAUUCACCAUUCUGCAUUUGAUGGAUGGACAAUGCAGGUUGUUCUUGAAGCCUUACAAGGCGUAUAUCGCAAGGAGAAGAUAUCAGCUCCUCGACCAUUCUCGGACUUCAUUCGUUACGUGUCCGAGACUGACCAUGCUGAAGCUAAAGACUUUUGGUCCUCUCAACUUAAAGAUGCAAAGCGAGCUACUUUCCCUACCAGUAAUUCGUCGACCGAUGAGUCCAUCACUCGAGUUUUGAAGAAAAAGAUAUACUUUAAAAGUUUAGAGGCAAGUUCAGUUACAAAGCCAACUAUACUACGUGCAGCUUGGGCUAUUGUUCUCAGCAGAUACAGUGAUACUGAUGACAUCUCCUUCGGAACCACUGUUUCUGGUCGUCAAGCUCCUGUGGCUGGAGUGACCGAGAUUGCCGGCCCUGCAGUCGCCACUGUUCCCGUCAGAGUUCGGCUUGACGGUUCUAAAUCUGUAACUCAGUUUCUUCAGGAUAUCCAGAAUCAAGCUUCUGAAAUGAUAACUUAUGAGCAGUUCGGGCUUCAGAACAUUGCUAAAACUAGCGAAAAUGCUCGUGAGGUUUGUGACUUUUCCAGCUUGUUGGUCAUUCAGCCUGGCCAUUUCUUGCAGUAUGGCGACGACAGUACGGACGCUAUCCUUACUAGUGCCUACGACGAAAAGAUCAUUGAAGAAGAGGUCAUGCAGAAUUAUUUUACAUAUCCUCUUAUAGCGGAGGGUGUUUUAUACGAGGAUCAUGUGGAACUGCUUGUAAUCUACAAUGCCAGCACUCUCGCCGAAUCUCAGAUCACUGCUUUGUGCUACCACUUUGAACAUGUUACUCAGCAACUUGUUGAUCAAGACGACCUGCUGCUUAGUGAUAUUUCUGUUGCUGGUUCAUGGGAUAUGGAACAGAGCUACAAGGCAAACAAGGGCGUUCCCGAGAUUAUCGACUCUUGCAUCCACGAAUUAGUCAAAAAACAAGCCAUAGAACGGCCUGAUGCUCUCGCUAUUGCUGGAUGGGAUCGAACUUUUACAUACGCUGAAUUGAACGAGGCUGCCAAUCGACUAGCUCAUUACCUCACCCAGAAUUUUGCCAUAAAGGCUGACGAACUGAUACAUGUCUGUUUUGAAAAGUCCGCAUGGUACUUUGUCGCUAUUCUCGCAAUCAAUAAGGCUGGUGCCGGCUGGGUUCCUCUUGAUCCAUCUCAUCCUGAACAGCGUUUGCGCCAGAUCGUCUACCAAACUCGCGCGAAGAUUGUGUUGACUUCGCCUGCUAGCGUGAAUAUUUGUUCUACUCUUGACAUGUCCAUCAUAGAGAUCAGCCCUGUCUUUGAUGAGAAGCUUAUCAAGUCUGGCAUGCCGAGUGCCACUGGGCCUGCCGUUAUUGUGACACCUCGCAACAUUGCCUACGUACUUUUCACGUCCGGUUCUACAGGCACUCCUAAGGGAUUAGUCAUGGAACACGGCUCAGUGUGUACUUCACAAACUGCUAUUAGCAAGACACUUGGGUUAACAGCAGAUGUUCGCAUGUUACAAUUUGCUUCCUUUGUUUUCGAUCUAUCUAUUGGUGAAAUUGUGGGUCCCUUAAUUUCUGGAGCCUCGAUAUAUAUUCCUCAUGAAGACACCCGUUUAAAUAGCUUAACAAGCUAUAUUCAAGAACAUAAAAUUAACUGGGCUUAUCUUACCCCUGCAUUUGCCCGUACUCUGAAACCCGAGGACGUCCCUGCUCUAGAGCUACUACUUCUAGCGGGUGAAGCAGUUAGUCGUGAUGUAUUUGAGUCCUGGUUUGGGAAGGUUAGGCUUAUCAACGGCUGGGGACCUGCUGAAACCUGUGUCUUCUCAUCUCUCCAUGAAUGGAAGUCGGCCUCUGAGAGCCCCCUUACUAUUGGCCGACCCGUUGGUGGCUUCUGUUGGAUUGUAGAUCCGCAAGAUCAUCAAAAGCUGGCCCCUAUAGGCACAAUUGGCGAAGUCAUAAUUCAAGGUCCAACUUUACUAAGAGAAUACCUGGCAGAUCCAGAAAAAACAAGGUUAUCGACCGUAUAUGACCUACCGAAUUGGGCUCCUCGACGCGAGUCUCCGCAUUGGAGUAGAUUUUAUAGAUCUGGAGACUUGUGUUUCUAUAACCCUGACGGAACGAUUGAGUUUUCGGCCCGUAAAGAUACACAAAUCAAGAUUCGUGGUCUUCGUGUGGAGUUGAGCGAAAUUGAGCACCAUUUACAGCUUAUUCUUGAUGAUGUCCGACAAGUCGCUGUUGAUGUAUUCCAUGGCGAAAACGGAUCAAAUCUUGUUGCGUACCUCUGCUUCAGCGAGGAAACAAAGACGACCGAUGCAAAGGAUAAUGAGAAUCCGUUUGUUUGUAUUGAUGAAAAUCUCAAAGCUCUUCUCAUUGGUGCUUCUGGUAAACUGAAAGUCCUUCUCCCAUCUUACAUGGUUCCAACCUUUUUCAUCCCCUGCCGCUAUAUGCCAGCCAGCACUUCCAUGAAGCUUGAUCGCAAAGGGCUUAGACAAUAUACCGCUGGCUUACCUACUGAGGAGCUUUCUAAAUACUCACUUAUUGGCGGUGAGAAGCGCGAGCCCGAGACUUCCAUGGAAAGUCACUUGCAACAAAUGUGGGCUGAAAUUCUUCAAAUUCCCACAGAAUCAAUCGGACGUGACGAUAGCUUCCUUGGUCUCGGAGGCGACUCUAUUACUGCGAUUCAUCUCGUCAAUGUUCUGCGUGAAGAGGGCAUCGCUCUAACUAUAAAGGAUGUCUUCGAUGACCCUCGCUUGCUUGCUGUGGCAAGUAAGCUUAAAGAAAGCGAUGCUGAAAUGGAAACAGCAGAGAUCGAGCCUUUCACCUUUUUAAGUGAGGAAAUUCGCGGCAUUGUUCUCUCUGAUAACUUUCGCGGAGAGCUCAAACUCUCAGUUGAACAAAAAAUCGAAGAUGCCUAUCCUUGCAGCAGGCUCCAAGAGGGUCUUAUGGUCCUAUCUAUCAAGCAACCUGGAUCGUACGUUGCGAAACACACAUAUCGUUUACCUGUUAAUGUUGAUCUAUGUCGAUUUAAAGAGGCUUGGGAAUAUACUUCUUCUGUCAUCGAGGCUCUUCGAACUCGUAUUGUGAUGGUUAACGGUUCUUGCGUCCAAGUUGUGAUCAACGAGGAGCUCCCAUGGGAGACUAUUCAGACGGAUGAUAUUCGCACCGCUAUCGAGUCAGCCCAGUCUCUCCGAAUGCCAUACGGCACGCCUCUAUCUCGCUACAUGGUCGUAAACGAUGACCACGGGAACAGCUAUUUCAUGUGGGUUAUUCAUCACUCAAUUUUUGAUGGCUGGUCUAUGAGAAUUAUACUAGACACCUUGUGGCGAGAAUAUGACGGCAGGGUUACCCCUACCAUUACGCCAUAUAAAAACUUUAUUAAUUACACACUUAGUAUUGAUACAGAAGCUGCGACUAAAUAUUGGAGCAACCAGCUCAAGGAUGCUACAAGAACUAGCUUCCCAGCUCUUACAAUCAAUUCAAACGACAAGACGCAUAUUACACGCAUGAUGACAAAAUCUAUUCGCUUCCCAGCCUCGAUGGAUGCAGCUAUUACUAAGGCUACAGUUUUUCGAGCGGCUUGGGCUGUCAUUCUUGCCCGCUACUGUGACACUGACGAUGUAACUUUUGCGUCUACUACCUCUGGUAGACAGGCCCCAGUUCCACGUCUGACCGAGAUUGCAGGCCCUGCCGUUACCACUGUUCCCGUUCGAGUUCGACUUAACUAUCAGCAGCGCGUGUCAAAGUUCCUUCAGGAUAUUCAAAGCCAGGCAUCUGAGAUGAUUCGGUUUGAACAAUUUGGUCUACAAAAUAUUUCAAGACUGGGAGACGAUGCUAGAGAUGCUUGUGAUUUUACAUCUUUGAUGGUAAUUCAGCCAAUGCAACAUUUAUUUGGAGAAGAUGUGGACACUCUCUUAAUACCAACAUUGCAAAAUUACUUCUCUUAUCCUCUUGUUUUACAAGGACAUGUCUACGAUAACCAGGUCGAGCUUGUUUUAAUCUAUGAUGCAGCCGUUUACCCUGAGUCUCAAAUCGUUGCGCUGUCUCAUCAAUUUAACGGGGUUAUACAACAACUUGUCAGCGGUAGGGACUGCAAACUUAGCGAGAUCUCUGUCGCUAGCUCUUGGGAUUUUGAUCUUGUUCAGGCCUCUAAUGGCGACGGCCCCGAACUUAUUGAUGAUUGCGCCCAUAUCGUUAUCGAGCACCAAGCCGAGCAGACCCCUCAUGCUACUGCCGUUCAUUCUUGGGAUGGCGAAUAUACAUAUAGCGAGCUUGAUCUGGCCGCUAAUAGAUUAGCCAAUCUGCUGGUUGAUUGCCACGGUAUCAAAACAGGAGAUUUCAUCCAUGUGUGCUUUGAGAAGUCUAUCUGGUACAUUGUGUCAAUACUUGCUAUCAACAAAGCCGGAGCUGCUUGGGUCCCCAUGGAUCCAGCACAUCCGUUUCAACGCCUUCAGCAGGUGGCCGGCCAGACUGGUGCUAGGCUGGCUCUCGCCUCUUCCACCCAUAGUCACCUGUGCUCCGAGCUCUUCGAUUCUGUAGUUGAAGUUUCUUCGGCUUUUAACGAGCAGCUUAAAGAAGAUACGGCUAUCAGCAACCAAAAGCCCUCUGUUAAUGUCAAGUCACGCGAUGCUGCUUACGUACUCUUUACAUCUGGCAGCACUGGCAUGCCUAAGGGAAUUAUAAUGGAGCACGCAGCGCUUUGCACCAGUCAGUGUGAUAUUGCAAAGAGACUUGGUUUUACCAGUAGCGUUAGGAUCCUUCAAUUCUCGUCCUUUGUAUUUGAUUUAUCUGUCACAGACAUUGUGCUCUCUCUUAUGCACGGCGGCUGUGUUUGCAUUCCAUCCGAUCAUGAUCGUCUUAACAACUUGAGUGGAUUUAUUACGGAAGCUAAAGUGAACUGGGCAUAUUUGACACCAUCGGUUGCUCGUACAUUGCGGCCUGAAGAUGUUCCUAGUUUAGAGUUUCUUCUUGUUGGUGGCGAAGCUGCUAGUCAAGAUGUUCUUGAUCUAUGGUUUGGUAAGGCUAGACUAGUAAAUGCCUGGGGUCCCACUGAAGCUUGCGUGAUGAGUUCGAUUCACGAAUGGAAAUCACCAACAGAGUCACCAUCAAACAUUGGACGCUCAGUUGGAAGCUUUGUCUGGAUUCUUGAUACUGAGGAUUAUCGUCGACUAGCUCCGGUUGGGUGUAUUGGCGAAAUUGUUAUACAGGGACCGACGCUUCUUCGCGAGUACUUGGCAGAUCCCGUCAAGACUGCUUCAUCAACUCUCACCUCUUUGCCUAAUUGGGCACCUCGUGCAAGCUCAACAAAUUGGAAUCGUUUUUACAAGACAGGCGAUUUGGGAUUCUAUGACUCUGAUGGAAAUAUUCACAUUUUGGGUCGCAAGGAUUCACAGGUUAAAAUCCGGGGUCUUCGUGUUGAGUUGGGUGAAGUUGAGCAUCAUAUUCGAAGCUCCCUUGAUUCUAUUCGCCAAACCGCUGUUGAUGUGUUCCAGACAGAGACUGUGACAAACCUUGUCUGCUACCUCUGCUUCAGUGAUGCCACGAAAGCCCCUGGCCUUAACCCUGGCUCCGAGGGCGAAGAUAUUUUUCUCUCCAUGACUGAAACUCUUCAGCACGAGUUGAAUACUGUUGUUAACAAGCUUCACGCUUUGCUACCUAACUACAUGGUCCCUACGUACUUCAUUCCUUGCAGCUACAUGCCCCUUAUUACAUCUGGUAAACUAGAUAAGGCUAAGCUUCGCAAGCUCAUGAGAACAUUAUCCCAAGAAGAUCUAGAAUCUUAUUCACUCACUGAUGCCAACAAGCGAGCUCCAGACACGGAGAUGGAGAUCCGAUUGCAACACUUGUGGGCUGAACUAUUGCAGAUCCCUGCUCAAACUAUCGGCAAAGAUGACAGUUUCCUUCGUGUUGGUGGAGACUCUAUUGCUGCAAUCCGCUUGGUCUCUAUGGCCCGCGAGUCUGGCGUUACUCUGACUGUGGCUGGAAUUUUUGAAGACCCGUGCCUGUGUUCUAUGGCUGCUACUGCAAGUAUAGCCGAUGACGAGGAUGAGCUGUCCGCUCAUAUUCCUGCGUAUUCCCUUCUUGAUAAUGAUACCCAACACCUGAUCCAGAGUCCAAGAAUCUAUGAAAUCUGUAAUCUUAAAGAAAGUCAAGAAAUCGAGGACGCUUAUCCGACCACAAAACUUCAAGAAGGCCUUAUGGCUCUUUCUGCUAAGCAGCCUGGAUCUUAUAUCGCAAAGCACCUAUAUCGUCUGCCUAAACACGUUGAUGUUUCCCGGUUUAAAGAUGCUUGGAGGAUUACAGUGGACACCUGCAGCAUCCUUCGUACGCGAAUUGUCUUAAUUGGAGCGUCUGCUACACAAGUUAUCGUCAGUGGCGAUUUUGAGUGGGACCCGGUCCAAAAUCAAGACGUUCACGCAUAUCUCCAAAGUAUCCAAAAUAUGGAAAUGGGAUACGGCUCCCGCCUCUCGCGCUAUGCUCUUAUCCAAAAUACAGACGGCAACAACUAUUUCACGUGGAGUGCUCAUCAUGCCGUUUUCGAUGGUUUAUCAAUCCAGAAUAUUCUAAAUGUCCUGAUGAAAGCCUAUCACAAUGUCAAUAUCCUCGAAGCACCAGCAUAUUCCCGCUUCAUCAAGUACACUCUUGGUCUUGACGCAGAAGCUACUGCUUCGUAUUGGAGAGAACAAUUACAGAGCGCUCGCAAAGCAACUUUCCCCACUUCAAGUAGAAUUUCUAGUCAGCCCGAAGCUACUCGAGUUUUUGAAAGGUCUAUUAAGCUUCCCGUAAUUGCUUCAUCAGGAAUUACCUUCGCCACAAUAGCUCGAUCAGCUUGGGCUUUAAUUCUCGCCCGCUAUAGUGAUACUGAUGACAUCACUUUUGGUACAACAAUUUCAGGCCGUCAGGCCCCUGUGCCGGGAGUAAUGGAUAUGGUUGGUCCGAUUAUCGCCACUGUCCCAGUCCGUAUUCGAGUGAAUCAAGCGCAGGCUACCUCUGAUUUUCUCCAUGUUGUUCAAAAGCAAGCUCUAGAAAUGGUCUCUUAUGAGCAAUUUGGGCUACAGAGCAUUGCUAAACUUAGCAAAGAUGCAAGAGAUGCCUGUGACUUUACAUCGCUUUUGGUCAUCCAGCCGAUGAAGCAUGUUUCGGGCUCCGGGAGCGCUGAGUCCAUCCUUGUAGAAGCAGAUGGCAAACUGAAAGAGGCCGCUGAGUCAAUGCAAAACUACUUCUCAUAUCCUCUUAUUACACAAGCCCAUAUAUACGAAGACCACAUUAACAUUAUGCUUAUAUAUGACUCAAAGGUCCUGACUGCGAUGCAGAUUGAGGCUUUAUCUUAUCAGCUUGGUCACGUUAUGCAUCAACUUGCGGCUGCCACUAGCAAAGACACUCUGGAUUCCAUCUCCCUAUCUUCCUCUUGGGACUUAGAGCAUGCCGUUUCCAUGAAUGGUAACACUACUGAAGUCAUUGAUGCAUGUGUGCAUAGCCUUAUCGAGCGCCAGGCUGAGAUCCGGCCCAACGCUCCAGCUAUUUCAGCUUGGGAUGCUGAGCUUACGUAUAGCCAACUCGAUAGUGCCGCGAAUCGACUAGCUAACCACAUUAUCAACGUUUAUAAUGUCCUUCCGGGGGAUUUUAUUCACGUGUGCUUUGAGAAAUCUGCAUGGCAUUUUAUUGCCAUCCUCGCAAUCAAUAAAGCUGGCGCCGCUUGGGUUCCCCUCGAUUCAUCCCAUCCAGAACAAUGUCUCCGGCAAGUUAUUGGCCAAACUGAUGCUAAGCUGAUUCUUACUUCUGCUGGUAAAACGGAUGUUUUCUCCGCCUUGAUUGAUCAUGUCCUAGAAGUUACGCCAAGCCUUGAUCAAAAGCUCGCUACUACAGUUGGCUCUGAUGCUCCUCAGGUGGAUAUUACGCCUGGUGAUGCUGCAUAUGUUUUAUUCACAUCUGGAUCAACUGGUACCCCUAAAGGUCUUGUUAUGGAGCAUAAAUCUGUCUGUACCUCGCAGACUGCCAUUUCCAAAAGGUUGGGGCUUACAUCGGCUGUUCGAAUUCUUCAAUUUGCCGCAUUUGUGUUUGACCUGUCAAUUGGUGAAAUUAUUGCCCCGUUAAUUAGUGGUGCUUGCAUCUAUGUGCCUUCGGAAGAUACCCGGAUGAACAGCAUUACCAAGUAUCUUCGUGACCAGCGCAUUAACUGGGCAUUUUUAACCCCUUCUUUUGUGCGGACUUUGAAGCCUCAAGAUGUUCCCACUUUGGAAUUACUUCUUCUUGCUGGCGAAGCAGUCCCAAAAGAAAUCCUAAACACUUGGUUCGGCAAGUUACGAUUGAUUAAUGGCUGGGGGCCCGCUGAGACCUGUGUUUUUAGCACUUUAUAUGAAUACAAGUCAAUGAAUGACAGUCCGUUAACUAUAGGUACACCUAUUGGAGGAUAUUGCUGGAUUGUUGAUCCUGAAAAUCCCUCUAAGCUAGCACCAUUUGGCACACUAGGCGAAGUUGUCAUUCAAGGUCCAACCUUACUUCGCGAGUAUUUGUCAGACCCAGAACGCACUGCGACUUCUUUAGUCAAGGUCCUUCCUGAGUGGGCGCCCCAGUCGGACUCCAACGACUGGAACCGCUUUUAUAAAUCUGGGGAUUUAUGCUCAUAUAAUUCAGAUGGAACUCUCCACUUUUCUUCUCGCAAAGAUACGCAAAUCAAGAUUAGAGGAUUGCGUGUUGAGCUAGGAGAUGUAGAGUACCACAUCCAAGUUGCUUUACAUGAUAUUUGUCAAAUCGCUGUUGAUAUUCAUCAGAGCGAAAGUGGUGUCAAUCUCGUGGCUUAUUUCUGUUUUACUGAUGCUACUCGCAUCACAGGUAUCAGUGGCGAUACCAGCAGUCCAUUCCUGCCAAUUGAUGGAAAGCUCCAAGAACGCUUGAGUACGCUUGUGAGCGAGCUUAGAGUGACGCUCCCGCAAUAUAUGAUUCCAACCUUCUUCAUUCCCUGUAGCUUCAUGCCGUCGAUUACGUCUACUAAGUUAGACCGUAAUGAGCUACGUCGAUAUACAAUUGGCCUUACACAUGCUAGGCUAUCAGAGUACUCUCUGCUUGAUAGUGUAAAGAGAGCUCCAGAGACUGACAUGGAGCGCAAGCUUCAAUACAUUUGGUCUAAUAUAUUAGGUAUAUCGACAGACUCUAUUGGUCGCGACGACAGCUUUCUUGGUCUCGGAGGCGACUCAAUAACUGCAAUCCAGCUUGUUGGUGCCUCUCGAGAUCAGGGUAUUUCCAUCUCAGUCAAGGAUAUUUUUAAGGACCCACGGCUUAUUUCCGUGGCCAAGGUUGCUCAACCAUUGGACUCCAUUGAAAAGGCCCCUAUUGAGUCAUUUACCUUAUUAGAUGAUGAUCAGCGUCGCCUUGUUACUGGCAAUACUAUCAGGACUGAGUGCAAUCUGGGGCCUAACGCUGUUGUAGUAGACGCCUAUCCGUCAACUAAGCUUCAAGAGGGUCUCAUGGCUGUAUCCACUAAGCAGCUUGGUUCUUAUGUUGCUAAGCAAGUCUACCGUCUGCCUCAUCAUGUAGACCUCGCUACGUUCAAAGCUGCCUGGGAGCGUACUGUUGAACUGUGUGGCAAUUUGAGGACCCGUCUUAUUGUCGCUGGAGAUACUAGCUUGCAAGUUGUGAUUAAACAUGAUCAAAUCCAGUGGGAGAUUCUUCACGGGUCUGUACAUUCCUACCUCUCUCAGGAUUUCAUAAUGGGAUACGGUGACCGUCUAUGCCGCUACGCUAUCAUUCAUGAGCCCUCGGGAGAAAAUUACUUUGUUUUAAGCCUUCAUCACGCUAUAUUUGAUGGCUGGACGCUAUCAAUGCUGAUGAGCAGCCUCAAUUCAGCCUAUCGUGGAGUUGAACUUCCGGCCAUUCAAGCAUAUGCUGGAUUUGUCAAAUAUGCUUUGGAAAUCGACGAGGCAGCCGCUUCAGAUUACUGGAGUGAUCAGCUUAGAGAAGCCAAGGCCGCUUCAUUCCCAUCGCCCACACAAGCUCAACGACCUCAGUCAAUCUCCAGAAUUCUUGAAAAGCCGCUUAACUUUCCUCACUCAAUUAAAUCCGGUAUUACUAGAGCUUCUGUUCUGAGAGCUGCUUGGGCUGUCGUGAUAUCCAGAUACUCUGAUAGUUCUGAUGUGACUUUCGGCGCUAAUGUUUCGGGUCGUAAUGCAGCUGUUACUGGUAUUGAAUCAAUGCCUGGCCUGGUAGUUGCAACCGUUCCUGUUCGCGUUCGAUUAGAUCCCGAACAAAGCGUAUCUCAGUUUCUUGAAAACAUUCAAUCUCAAUCAACUGGCAUGAUCCCGUAUGAGCAAUUUGGUCUACAAAGAAUUUCCAAACUUAGCACUGAGGCAAGGGAUGCAUGUGAAUUUUCAUCUCUAAUGGUUAUUCAACCUAUGUCUAGCAUUGUGGGCAACAGCAACUCAGGAGAUGCCAUACUUGUAUCCACCGACCUUGGUGCGGAUACCACAGCGCAGAGCUUGCAAAACUAUUUCACUUAUCCUCUGGUUAUUCAAGCACAUUUAUACGAUGACGCAGUCAAUUUAAUACUCAUCUAUGAUGCUAGUAUUUUAACAGAGAGUCAACUCCAAACCUUGUCUACGCAGUUUGAUCACGUUGUUCAGCAACUACUUACUGAUGACCCUGAUGCUAAACUAGGGUCUGUUAGCGUUUCUGGGCCUUGGGAUCUACAAAAAGCCAUAAACUUCAAUGUUAAAGAACCUAGUCUUGUCAACGCCUGUAUGCACGAGCUUAUCUCCCAACAAGCAGCUCGUGAUCCACACCAUGAAGCUGUUUACUCAAGCGAAGGCACUCUAUCCUAUGCAACUUUGGACCGUCUGUCCAGUCUUUUUGCUCAUCAUUUACAAGAACUUGGCGUUAAGCUAGAAUCCGUCGUUCCGUUCUGCUUUGAAAAGUCCGUCUUGGCUAUCAUUGCUAUGAUCGGUAUAUUGAAAGCCGGUGGCGCCUUCAUGCCUUUGGAUCCAUCACAUCCCCACAGCCGUCAUAAAGCUUUAAUUGAGGAAGUUGAAGCUGAGGUUAUGAUUGUUUCUUCCUCAUAUUUCCUUGCUUGUGACGGCUUAACUUCUACUACUGUAGAACUUACAGCUCUAUUACUUGAACAGCUCGCUUUUACCUACGAUGCCUUUCAACCAAUUCACCCGAAAUCUCUACCUAACAAUGCCGCAUAUGUACUUUUCACCUCGGGCUCCACGGGGAAACCAAAGGGUGUUCUCAUGGAGCACUCUGCUUUCAGUACUAGCACUCUGGGCCACGGUCGUGUAUACAAGCUUGGGCCAACUUCCCGCGUCUUCCAGUUCUCUAAUUAUAUCUUUGAUGGAAGCUUGGGUGAGAUUUUCACCACUCUUUCAUUUGGUGGCACAGUCUGUGUGCCUUCUGAGACAGAUAGGCUUCAAGAUGCGCCUUCAUUCAUGCACAGAGCUCAAGUAAAUACAGCAAUGUUGACGCCAUCAUUUGUUCGGACUUUCACACCUGAACAAGUUCCGUCAUUGCAGCUGCUUGUGCUAGGUGGUGAACCUUCAUCGAAAGACCUUCUUGAGACUUGGUGUAACCAUGUUCGUCUUGUCAAUGGUUACGGCCCUGCCGAAGCUUGUAACUACGCGACAACUCAUGAUUUUAAGGAUAGCGACUCUCCUCGCACAAUUGGUCAUGGAUUUAACAGUGCUUGCUGGAUCGUUGAGCCAAAUGAUUGCAACAAGUUAACACCUAUUGGCUGCGUUGGAGAGCUAAUUAUCCAAGGAAAUGCCCUCGCUCGAGGCUAUAUCAAUGACGCCGAAAAAACUUCUUGUUCCUUUAUAACUGAUAUUGACUGUUUGCCUAAAUCUCUAAUUGCUGGCCCACACAGAUUUUAUCUGACAGGUGAUCUUGUUCGAUACAACUCCAACGGAGAGAUAGAAUACAUUGGAAGAAAAGACACACAGGUUAAGCUUCGUGGGCAACGUCUUGAACUUGGAGAAAUUGAAUACCACGUCAAACGAUCUUUGUCUACUAUUGAGCAUGUCGCUGUUGACUUGUGCCAUAGAGAGACUGGCGAUGCUCUCAUUGCAUUUAUCUCGUUCAAAGAUAAGAUUGCCUCCGGCGCAGACAACAUCCUUCCUCUAGACGACGAUUUACAAUCUACUUUAGCUGUAGUCAUGGAGAAUUUAAAGACUUCUCUCCCAGGCUACAUGGUACCUUCUACAAUCUUACCACUAAGAGAGAUGCCGUUUAUCACCUCAAUGAAAAUUGAUCGAAAGAAAUUAAUUACUUUAGCGACUGGUUUAUCUUCGGACAAGCUUUUAUCCUUCUCUCUUGCUGGUCGAGACUAUGUUACACCAACCACGGUGAUGGAGAAGAAAUUAGCUGGUCUAUGGGCCCAAAUUCUCAAUAUUAGCCCCGAAGAUAUCGGCAAGAACGACAGUUUUCUCCAAAUUGGCGGUGAUUCCAUCACUGCAAUUCACCUUGUUGCACUUGCCCAACGGUCCGGCAUUAAUCUGACUAUCGCUAGUAUUUUCGCGAACUCGAAGCUAUCCUCUAUAGCAUUAUCAGUUGGGGAAGGUGACAUUGAGCCGAUUUAUGAGGUAGUACCAUUUUCUAUGGCGGCUACGAAAAAUUUGAACUCUUUGAUUGAAGAAGUUCGCAUCAAGUGUGCUUUAUCUAGCACUGCCGUUAUUGAAGAUAUCUACCCUACAACAAGUUUCCAAGAAGGGCUAAUGGCUUUGGCUGUUAAGCAGCCUGGUUCUUACAUUGCCAAGCAGACCUAUCGGCUGCCGAACGAUAUUGAUGUAACUCGUUUUAAAGCGUCUUGGGACGAUACUCUCAAACAGUGUAGCAAUCUUCGCACCCGUAUAGUUCUCUCCGGCAGUGCCUCUAUCCAAGUCGUUGUUAAGGAUAUCGGUCUGUGGGAUGAGACUACUGAUAUGAGUCUUAAAUCAUAUCUUCAGUCUAACCGAAACAUUCACAUGACGUACGGCUCUGCUCUAAGUCGCCACGCCCUUAUCGAGCAGGUUGAUGGAGAAAAGUAUUUUGUAUGGUCCGUUCAUCAUACUGUGUUCGAUGGCUGGACCACUCGAUUGGUCUUGAACACUCUGGCUUCAGCCUACAUGGGUGACGAGAUUACGCAUUUCGAAUCAUAUGCUCGCUUCAUCAAUUAUACCAUUAAUCUAGACGCUGAAGCUGCAAAAGCUUACUGGAGCGAGCAGCUUCUAGAUGCAAAGCGCGCAUUAUUCCCUGCGGCCAUUACCAAUGUAUCUCAGAGCAAGAAAUAUAGUACACGCGUAUACGAAAAAGUUCUCGAGCUUCCGCAAUUCAAGCAAACGUCUAUUACAACGGCUUCUAUCCUGCGCGCCACAUGGGCGAUAGUCCUUGCGCAAUAUUGCGAUACGGAUGAUGUAACUUUUGGUACUACAAUUUCUGGUAGGCAAGCUCCAGUUCACGGAAUCACUGAAAUGGUCGGCCCAGUUGUGUCAACUGUGCCUGUGCGUAUUCGACUGGAUAAGCAAGCAUCGGUUUCCAAAUUCCUUCAAGACGUUCAAAACCAGGCUUCUGGUAUGAUUCCAUUCGAGCAGUUUGGUUUACAAAAUAUUGCAAAGUUGAACAUUGAGACCAAAGAAGCCUGCGAUUUUACAUCACUUCUAGUUAUUCAGCCAAUGAAGAGCCUCACUGGUACCAGCAAUGGGACGUCUAUUCUAGAAUCCGUUGAUGCUGCAAUCUACGGCGAGGAAGAUUUCAUGCAAGAUUAUUUCUCCUAUCCUCUUGUCAUUCAGGGCCAUGUGUAUGAGGACUCCGUUCACCUAGUGCUCAUUUACAAUACGGAUGUUCUGCCUGAACAACAAUUAUUAGCUUUGACUCACCAUUUUGAGUAUGUCUCCCAGCAACUUGUUGCAAACGAUAGCAUGGCCCUUGAGGAUGUAUCUAUUUCAGGCCCAUGGGACAUUGAAUAUGCGCUGUGUCAAAACCAAGAAAUGCCUGAGAUAGUCGACUCUUGCUUCCACACUCUUGUGGAACAGCAGGCUACUGUUCGGCCUGACGCUCCUGCGGUUCAUGGCUGGGAUACUAAAUUUACCUAUGCUCAGCUUAAUGAAGCUGCUAAUAGAUUGGCAAAUCAUCUUGUUCAAGAGUAUGAGAUUGAGUUUAAUGAGCUUAUCCACGUUUGCUUCGAAAAGUCUGCCUGGUUUUUUGUGGCAGUUUUAGCCAUUAAUAAAGCGGGAGGUGCCUGGGUUCCAUUAGAUCCUUCCCACCCUGCCCAGCGCCAUCAGCAGAUUGUUACUCAAACAAAAGCUCGCCUUGCUCUUGUCUCAUCCUCCAACGUUUCAACCUGUAUCGAUCUUGUGGACCACGUCAUCGAAGUUUCAUCAACUACUGACGAGAAUUUAAGCAGGGUUGGUUCUUCUCAACGCAACCCUGAUCUCGAGACCUCACCUCGCCACGCUGCGUACGUGCUCUUUACCUCAGGAUCUACGGGAACUCCCAAAGGUCUUGUGAUGGAACAUGGAAGUGUCUGUACGUCACAAACGGCAAUUGUAAGACGCCUAGGAAUGACAACUAGCGUUAAGAUCCUUCAAUUCGCUGCGUUUGUGUUCGAUCUUUCCAUUGGAGAAAUUGUUGCCCCCCUUAUUACAGGCGCAUGCUUAUGCGUUCCAUCAGAACAUGACCGGUUGAAUGAACUCCCUAAGUUCAUCCGGCAGAACAACAUUAACUGGGUUUAUCUUACUCCUUCAUUUAUUCGAACACUUAAUCCUAAAGACGUGCCAAGUGUAGAAUUAGUGUUGCUGGCUGGCGAAGCCGUUAGUCGGGACAUCUUAGACGUUUGGUUUGGUAAAGUUCGUCUUAUUAAUGGAUGGGGGCCGGCUGAAACCUGCGUGUUUUCAACUCUUCAUGAGUGGAAAUCAGUUGAUGAAUCGCCUCUUACAAUUGGUCACCCAGUAGGCGGCUUCUGUUGGAUUGUUGACCCUGAGAAUCCUAAUAAGCUUGCGCCGAUUGGAACGUUAGGCGAAGUCGUUAUCCAAGGUCCUACGUUAUUAAGGGAAUACCUAUCUGAUACAGCUCGCACAGCCGCCAGUACUGUUUACAGUCUUCCGGACUGGGCCCCUAAUCGUACUGUUCAGCAUUGGGAUCGCUUUUAUAAAUCUGGGGAUCUCUGCUCCUACAACGCUGACGGAACCAUUGAAUUUUCGAGCCGUAAAGAUACACAAAUCAAGAUAAGAGGCCUUCGUGUUGAGCUAGGCGAAGUUGAACAUCACUUGCAAAAUGCCCUCAGUGGCGUAAGACAGGUAGCUGUGGACGUUAUUAGAUCUAGCACUGGUACUAGCUUGGUGGCAUAUAUUUGCUUUACCGACGAGACGAGAAUCACCAGCAAUCGUGGAAAUGGUGAUGAAUCAGGCCCCUUUAUUGAGAUAGACGACAGUUUACAGGAGCUUCUCACUGCCGCUGUCGGCCAGCUGAGCAUCUCAUUGCCUCGAUAUAUGAUUCCUGCUUUCUUUAUCCCCUGCCAGUAUAUGCCUUCUAUUACUUCUACGAAGUUGGAUAGGAAUGAUCUCAAGAGACGAGCAGCCAGUCUUAGCCGAGAGGAGCUUACAAAGUAUUAUCUUCGAAAAGAUAAGAAGCGUGCACCAGUGACAAUGAUGGAAAAGAUUCUUCAAAUUAUCUGGUCUCAAAUUUUAUCCAUUCCAUCAGAGAAGAUUGGUCUCGAUGAUAGCUUCUUAGGCUUAGGUGGUGAUUCAAUCACAGCUAUCCAUCUUGUCUCUUUAUCUCGAGAAUACGGUAUCUCGAUCACAGCUCAGGAUAUCUUUGACGACUCGAGACUAUUUUCUAUUGCAGCACGCGCAAAGAAGGUGGAUUCAAUUGAGCAAGAGGCUGUUGGGAUCCCUCCAUUUUCACUCCUGAGUGAGAAUUCAAGAAAAUUAGUUGAGACUGACAAUGUUCAUGCUCAAUAUGGUUGGUCAUCUGGAACUAUUGUGGACGCCUAUCCCUGCACGUCUUUGCAAGAAGGCCUAAUGGCUUUAUCAGCUAAGCAACCAGGAUCGUAUAUCGCUAAAUACUAUUAUCGCAUGCCGAAUAACGUGGAUAUACCUCGCUUCAAGGCGUGCUGGGAGAAAACUAUUACUCUAUGCCAUAAUCUCCGAACUCGCAUUGUUCUCGUUGAUGGUAAAGCUACGCAGACCAUUAUUGACGAGCCUGUUGUUUGGGCUGAUAGCCGGGAUUUGACGACCGCAAUUUCAACGAUGAAAUCAGUAGAGAUGACAUAUGGUUCACCCCUCUCCAAAUUCCUUCUUGUUGAACAAAAGAGCGGCGAUAUAUUCUUCUUGUGGGCAAUUCAUCAUGCCGUAUUCGAUGGCUGGACAAUACCCGUCAUAUUUAAUGUUUUAAAUGCACUAUAUCGCGGCGUUGAGCCAGUUCAACCUGUUUCGCAUGCUCGAUUUGUAAAAUUCAUUAUGGGCGCAAACAAGGAAGAUGCUAUCAACUACUGGAAAACCCAAUUAAACGAUGUUAAGAAAUCUACAUUCCCUCCUGCUACGACAUCUCAGCCAAGCGUCGCACGUGUCCUUGAAAGAUCCAUUACGUAUUCCCAGGGCACCAGCUCUUUUACAAAGGCUACUAUACUUCGGGCCGCAUGGGCCCUUGUACUUGCUCGUUAUUCCGAGACCAAUGAUAUAACCUUUGGAACUACAAUUUCAGGUCGACAGGCUCCUAUUGAUGGCAUUACUGACAUGGCUGGCCCCGCCGUUGCCACCGUUCCUGUUAGAAUUCGCCUUGAUAAACAACAGACCGUCUCUGCCUUCCUGAAAAGUGUUCAGAGCCAAGCUAUGGAGAUGAUUUCAUAUGAGCAAUUUGGCUUACAGAAUAUCUCGAAGAUAUGCGAUGAUGCUAAGGAGGCUUGCGACUUCACCUCACUACUUGUUAUUCAGCCAGUUGACCAGCUGGUUCGUGAUGACGAUGAUGCUCUUUUAGUCCCUGCUGGACCAGAGGUCGUUGGAGAGACAGAUCUUGUCCAAAACUACUUUUCUUAUCCUCUAGUUAUCCAAGGCCAUCUCUAUGAUAACAAGAUUAAUCUCAUGUUGAUCUAUGAUUCUCAGGUUCUUUCAGAGAAGAAAAUGCAGGCCUUAGCCCGCCAUUUCGACAAUGCUGUCCAACAGCUCACAGAACAGAGUGAUAAGCUUCUUGGCGCUGUAUCUAUUUCCAGUAGUUGGGAUUAUGACCAAGCUAUCAAGUUCAACCAGAAUUCUUCCGAAACUGUCGAACGGUGCUUUCACGAAAUGAUUGACGAUGUUGCUUUGGUUCGAGGCAACGCAUUGGCUAUUUCUAGUUGGGAUGCAUGUUUCACCUACGAGGAAAUAUCAGCAACAACCAACCGUAUUGCUCAUUAUAUCGUGAAUACCUAUGGCAUAGAAGUUGGAGAUACUAUUCAUGUAUGCUUUGAGAAAUCCGCUUGGUUUAUGAUUGCUAUUCUGGCAAUUAAUAAAGCUGGUGCUAUUUGGUCAGCUCUUGAUCCAUCUGGCCCAGCUGAAUACCACCGCAAGAUCAUUAGCCAAACUGGUGCCAAGCUCAUAGUAGCGUCGGCCACCAAUUCUCACACAUGCGCUGAUCUGCUGCCUAACGUUCUUAAACUAACACCUGAGCUGGAUGCCAAAUUGACUGAAAACUUUGGUCAGAACAUCAGCCGACCAACUGUCAAUAUUACGCCUGGUGAUGCCGCCUACGUCCUAUUUGCCGCUGAAUCUUCAGAUAUACCUGAGGGUGUUGUCAUGGAGCACGCUUCGCUUUGCACCAGUCAAAUGUCUUUGUCACAUGCUCUUGAUUUGGAUGAGAGUUUCAAAGUCCUUCAGCUCUCUUCUUACUCUUCUGAUGCCGCACUCUUCGAGAUCUGCUCUACUUUCCUUGUAGGCGCUUGCUUGUAUGUGCCUUCGCCAGACGAACAGAAGAACCAAUUGGAAGAUUAUAUCCGCAAGCACAAGAUCAACUGUGCGCUUUUGACGCCAACACUGGCGCGAACUAUCCGCCCUGAUGGUGUUCCUUCUCUAGACGUAUUAUUGAUUGGCGGUGAAGCUACUACUCGCGAUAUUCUCGAUAUUUGGUGCAAUAAACUUCGGCUUUUUAACAUCUGGGGUCCCGCUGAAUGCUGUGUUGCUGCAUCCAUACAUCGAUGGACUUCGGCUACUGAGUCACCUAAUGUAAUUGGACGACCAAUUAGUGGCUCUUGCUGGAUUGUUGACCCAGAUGAUCCCAAAAGCAUGGCUCCUAUCGGAACCGUGGGCGAAAUUGCGGUUCAAGGCCGCAAUCUAUUUUGUGAAUAUCUCUCCGAUCUCGUCAAAACAGUGGCAGCUACGAUCAUUGGUCUUCCAUCAUGGGUUCCAAAAAGUGAUUCUGCCUAUUGUAAUCGCUUCUACUUGACUGGCGAUUUGGGUUUCAUAAAUGAAGAUGGCAAUAUGGAAUACUGUACCCGCAAGGAUUCACAAAUCAAGGUUCGAGGUCAGCGUCUUGAACUUAGAGAGAUUGAACGUCACAUUCAAGUCCACCUUAAAGGUGUUCAGCAAGUUGCUGUAGAUGCCAUCAAGUCCGAGGCUGGCACAACGCUUGUCGCCUUUAUUAGCUUCUCUAAAAUCACCAUAUCAAGAAAAUCAGAGACACUUGCCACAGGCAACGAUAUCUUUUUACCGCUAGAUGAGAAUCUCCGAACUACGCUCAGUAUUCUAACGGGAGUUUUGGGCACUUUGAUGCCUCGGUAUAUGAUACCGAGUGUUUUCAUCCCUUGUGCCAAUAUGCCUCUUAAUUCGUCUAUACAAUUAGAUCGCAAGAAACUGAAACAUCUAGCUAAUGCUCUUCUGGAAGAGGAUAUAGCGCUCUAUUCACUCACUAAUGACGAUAAGGUAGCUCCUCAGACCGCUAUGGAGAGCCAAAUCCAGCAAUUAUGGGCAAAAGUUUUGAAUAUCCCCGUCAAUUCAAUAGGUCGUGACGAUUCAUUUAUUCAGAUGGGUGGUGAUUCUAUUCUUGCUAUUCAGCUCGUUUCAGCCGCUCGGGAUGCCAACAUUAAACUCACUGUUGGAGACAUCUUCGAUGACCCGCGCCUACAGGCAGUUGCCUCAAAAGCCGCUGAGAUCAAUGGAGAGGUUCAAUUGGUAACUAUCAUUGAGCCUUUUAGUCUUUUGGAGGGCAACCUCAAGGAUAUUGUUCUCAGCAAGAUUAUUCAAGAGCAAUAUGACCUUCCAGUCGAUAAGGACAUAGAAGACGCUUACCCUUGCACGAAAUUACAAGAAGGUCUUAUGGCGCUCGCUGUUAAGCAGACUGGAUCAUACAUUGCUAAAUUUCUCUACCGUCUCUCUCGCAAUGUUAACGUCUCUCAUUUUAAGGCUUCGUGGGAAGAAACUGUUCGAAUUUCACCCAAUCUUCGAACCAGAAUUUUCACUGCAGACAGCGUGCCUGUCCAAGCGAUUUUUAAAGAUGACAUCUCUUGGGAACCUAGCAAAGGGGUUUCUUUGCGCUCUUACAUGCGGUCAGCCCAGAAUUUUGAAAUGAUAUUUGGCUCGCGGCUCAGUCGCUAUGCCCUGAUCGAAGAGAAUGGUGAUGCAUACUUCGUACUGUCAAUGCAUCACGCCAUCUUCGACGGAUGGAGUCUAAAAAUUCUCAUGGAAGUCUUGCACUCUAUUUUCCGCAAACAAAGCGCAAUUGUUGUAGAGCCUUAUGUGCGAUUUGUUCAGUACACUCUGGAUAUCGACAGCGGUGCUGCCAUUGACUACUGGAGGUCACAGCUCCAAGGUGCAAAGCGAACUAUCUUCCCUUCUACCACAUCGUUUACGCGCGAAGAGAAAACAAAACAAAGCAGCACUCUUGUAACUGAAAAAAUCAUUGAGCUGCCUAGCCUAAGCAGGCAUUCUAUAACAAAAGCCACCAUGCUUCGAGCCGCUUGGGCUAUCGUUCUCUCCAGAUACUCAGACUCGGAAGAUGUUACUUUUGGCGCCACUAUCUCUGGUCGGCAGGCAUCCGUCGACGGUCUAACGAAUAUGGCCGGGCCUUGUAUUGCGACAGUUCCCGUUCGCAUUGCUAUUGACCGCAAGCAGUCCAUUUCUGAUUACCUCCAGGCCGUUCAAAGUCAAGCAAAUAACAUGAUACCCUUUGAACAGUUUGGUUUGCAAAAUAUUUCUAAAAUUGGCUCUGAUACUAAAGACGCUUGCGAUUUCAGUAGCUUGCUCGUCGUUCAGCCUAUUCAGUCACUCAUCUACGACGAUGAAGAGGCCGACGCUCUCUUUGUUCCUACAGAGAUUGAAGGAGAGGUUGUAGACACCGUUCAGAAUUAUUUCACUUAUCCACUAGUGAUCCAAGGGCACAUGCAUGAAGACUAUAUCAAGCUCGUUUUGAUUUACGAUGAAGAUGUAUUGUCGGAAACGCAGAUGAUUGCUUUAUCUCAUCAACUUGAGACUGUCAUGAAACAACUUGCAUUACACCCACAAAAAGAUCUGAAUUCUAUUUCUAUCACUAGCGAUUGGGACGUUAAUAAUUCCUUGAGCCAGAAUAGCAAUACCCCUGACAUUGUUGAUUCUUGCAUUCACCAUCUUAUUGAUCAUCAAGCAACUAUCCAGCCGCAUGCCCUUGCUAUCAUAAGCUGGGACCGUAACUUCACCUACAAGCAGCUUAAUGAAGCGUCUAAUAGACUCGCACACUUCCUCGUCAAUAAGCAUAGCGUCAAACCUGACGAUUUAGUCCAUGUUUGUUUCGAGAAAAGCGCUUGGCAUUGCGUUGCAAUACUUGCAAUUAAUAAAGCUGGCGCUGCUUGGGUUCCGCUAGAUGCCUCACAUCCUGAACAACGUCUCCGCCAAGUCAUUUCUCAAACUCGUGCCGUCUUAGCAUUAUCGUCUCCGUCCAAUUCUGCUUUAUGUGCUACUCUCAUCGCAAACGUUGUCCAAGUUGAUACUGAGCUCGACAACAGGCUUUCAGAGAUCGAGCCAAGCGCAAACGGCCCUGAUGUCGCCGUCUCUUCGGGUAACGCAGCCUACGUGUUGUUCACAUCCGGAAGUACAGGUACUCCAAAAGGUCUUGUGAUGGAACAUGGAUCCGUCUGUACAUCACAGACCGCCAUUACCAAGAGGCUAGGGCUACAUCCAAAGGUUCGAAUGUUGCAAUUUGCGGCCUAUGUGUUUGAUCUAUCUAUUGGUGAGAUUAUUGGCACGCUUAUUUCUGGUGCUACUAUUUGUGUCCCGUCAGACCACAUUCGCUUGAACAAUAUCGUCGAUUUCAUAAGGAAGGAGAGGGUCACUUGGGCUUACCUGACGCCAUCCUUUGUGCGCACAAUCAAGCCGUCUGAGGUGCCUAACCUAGAGCUUUUGGUACUUGCUGGCGAGGCUAUUCCUCGUGAUGUUUUUACAUCUUGGUUUGGCAAAGUGCGCUUAAUAAAUGGAUGGGGCCCUGCGGAAACUUGUUGUUAUAGUACAUUGCAUGAAUGGCAGUCGCUUGACGAGAGCUCUCUCACUAUCGGCCGUCCGGUCGGUGGGUUCUGCUGGAUUGUCGACCCUGAGAACCCGCACUGUCUAGCACCAACUGGUACACUAGGUGAGAUCGUUAUUCAAGGACCUACAAUUCUUCGUGAGUAUUUAAGUGAUACCGAGCGCACUGAAGCUGCUCUUGUUAAGUCUCUUCCUGAGUGGGCACCAUUCCGUGAGGAGGCCAACUGGAGCCGCUUCUAUAAAUCAGGGGAUCUUGGCUUUUACAACCCCGAUGGAACUAUUCAAUUCUCUAGCCGCAAGGACACACAAAUCAAAAUACGCGGUUUGAGAGUUGAGUUGGGUGAGAUUGAACAUCAUAUACAGCUUCUAUUAAACGACGUUCGCCAAAUUGCUGUUGACGUCUUCAAAGGAACUAAUGGUACUAAUCUCGUUGCCUAUUUCUCAUUCUGCGAUGAUAUUCGACAGAAUCAUGAAGCGGACGUAUCUGGGCCAUUCUUAACAAUUGACAAGGACUUGCAAUCCCGCCUGGCUGCUCUCAUUGGCCAACUUAGUGUAACCCUGCCCAGAUAUAUGAUCCCUACACUGUUUAUUCCUUGCAAGUAUAUGCCCUCUAUUACAUCUACCAAACUUGACAGAAAAGAGCUAUUGCGCUGCACUGCAGCGCUUACUCAAGAAGAAAUUGCUCUGUUUUCGCUACUUGGAACAAAAAAGCGGGCUCCCGAAACACCGAUGGAGAGCCUCAUUCAAGAUAUGUGGUCGGAGAUCCUUCACAUUUCAGCUGAUUCUAUUGGACGUGAUGAUAGCUUUUUAGGCCUUGGCGGUGAUUCAAUUCUCGCCAUUCAUCUCGUCAGCAUCGCUCGCGAGAAAGGAAUUCGGCUUACUGCAAAAGACAUUUUUGAUGAUCCACGUCUGCUGGCUAUAGCCAGCAAGGCACAGGAACUUGAUGCUGAAGCCCGACAACAGCCUGUUGAUGCUUUACCAUUUAGUCUACUUGGGUCUGAGACACGUGAACUUGUAGUCGGUCUUGAUGUUAAGCAACAACUCCAGCUGCUUGUAAAUGACGCCGUUGAAGACUCAUAUCCUUGCACUAAGCUUCAAGAGGGUCUUAUGGCUUUGUCUGUCACUCAACCAGGAUCCUACAUCGCAAGAUAUGUAUACCGACUAUCCAGAGAAAUCGAUCUUGCACGCUUUAAACAUGCUUGGGAGCAGACUGUUGCUAUGCGAGAUAUUCUUCGUACUAGAAUCAUUAUGAUAAACGAUGUAUGCGUUCAAGUAGUGGUUAGCGAAGGCACUGUUUGGGACAAUCUUGAUUACGGAGAUUUAAACGAGGCUGUCCGUGCUUCGCAUUCAUAUAUCAUGACAUAUGGUUCACCUUUAUCUCGUUACGCGGUUUAUGAGUCUGCAAUGGGCGAGAAAUACUUCCUAUGGACAGUCCAUCACGCCAUUCACGAUGGUUGGUCUGUGCCCAUUAUCUUCAAUACCUUCUAUCAAGCCUACGAGGGUCUCGAAUCGGUAGCUCCUAAAGCUUAUUCAAGCUUUAUCCGCUAUACCAUGGAACUUGAGCAAGACGCUGCGAUCGGCUAUUGGAGAAAACAGUUGCGCGACGCUAAGCGUGCCAGCUUCCCUAAGACUGGUCUUAUGGAAAAAUCUACUGGCAAUGAGCAGACGACUCGUGUGAUGUCUACCUCUCUCAGCUUUCCCACGUCAUCUAAUCAAACUUUUACCAAGGCUAGCGUAAUGAGGGCUGCAUGGGCCAUCGUUCUUGCAAGGUAUUGCGAUAGCGAUGAUGUCUGUUUCGGCGCCACUAUUUCUGGCAGAGAAGCACCCGUGGCCGGCCUUAUAGAAAUGGCUGGUCCGGUGGUCGCAACCGUCCCUGUCCAUGUAAAAGUGGAUAAAGAUCAGGAAGUCGCACAAUUCUUGCAGCAUAUCCAAACCCAAGCCCAUGAAAUGGUUCCUUACGAACAAUAUGGUCUUCAGAACAUUUCUAAGCUGAGUGCAAGUAUAAAAGACGCUUGCGAUUUCACUUCACUCUUAGUAAUCCAACCUGUCCAGCGUCUCGCACCUAUUACGGCCGAUGGUGCUGCUCUCUUGGCCCCUGCUCACUCAGAGAUCAAGGAUAUGGUGCAGAAUUAUUUCAGCUAUCCUCUGGUGAUUCAGGGCCACGUUUAUGAAGACUGCGCCGAUCUCGUUCUAAUUUAUGACUCAACCAUCAUUUCGGAGCUGCAGAUGACUGCUCUUUCCUAUCAUUUCGAUAAUGUUGUACAACAGCUGCUAGCGGAGCAAGCAGGCAAAGUGGGCGAUAUUUCUGUCUCUUGUUUGUGGGAUCUUGAGCUUGCUCAGAGGUCUAACGGCGACGGGCCUGAUAUUAUUGAUGACUGUAUUCAUUCCCUGAUCGAGAGACAGACUGAAGAGAGGCCUAAUGCACUUGCUGUUGACGCAUGGGAUGGCAAGCUCACUUAUGGUGAAUUAGACCGCGCUGCCAAUCGGCUGGCCCGCCUCCUCAUUAGCCGUUAUACAGUAAAGGUUGGCGAUAUUGUGCAUGUUUGCUUCGAAAAGUCUUUAUGGUAUAUCGUGGCAAUCCUUGCGAUCAACAAGGCCGGUGCUUCUUGGUCUCCUAUUGAUUCCGCUCAUCCUUUUCAUCGAUUGCAAGCUGUGGCUAUACAAACUGGGGCCAAGUUGGCCCUUGCUUCAACGGCCAACAGAGCGCUCUGCGAACGGCUUGUUGAUAGUGUAGUCGAAGUCUCGGCCUCUCUUGAAGAAGCUCUUUCUGCUGAAGGUAUCAGUGACAUGGGACCCGAUGUCUGUGUCACUUCUAAUGAUACUGCCUAUAUCUUGUUUACAUCUGGCUCUACCGGUAUGCCGAAGGGGAUUGUUAUGCAGCAUGGAGCUCUUUGCACCAGCCAAACAGCUCUCGGCGAGCGGUUAGGCCUUGAUCACACUGUGAGGAUGCUACAGUUCUCAUCAUUCGUCUUUGAUGUAUCUGUGGGGGAAAUCAUGGGUUCUUUGAUAAAUGGGGCCUGUGUCUGCAUUCCUUCAGAUGAAAUGCGUCUUAAUAGUCUUGACGUCUUCGUUCGCGAUUUCAAGGCCACAUGGGCCUAUUUAACCCCAUCUUUUACACGUACACUGAAUCCCAAAGAUUUCUCUGGACUGAAGUUGCUCGCUCUCAUGGGCGAAGCGACAACUCAAGAUGUUUUAGAUACCUGGUAUGGUCUUCCUAACAUGCGAUUCGUCAACGGCUGGGGCCCCGCAGAGACCUGUGUUCUUAGUUCUACCUACGAGUGGCAGUCUAAUACCGAGUCCACUUUGACGAUAGGUAAGGCAGUAGGCUCUUAUGUGUGGAUAGUUGACCCUGAAAAUCCUAUGCGGCUUGCACCCACUGGCUGCUUGGGCGAAAUUAUCGUUCAAGGUCCCGCGCUCUUCAGAGAGUACUUAGCUGAUCCUAAUAAAUCAGCUGCUGCUAUUGUCACUAACCUUCCUGAAUGGGCUCCCAGGCGCGAAUCUGCGGCAUGGAACCGCUUCUACAGGACUGGCGAUUUGGGUUUCUAUGAUCACAACGGCGUACUUAACUUUGUUAGUCGAAAAGAUACACAGGUUAAAGUACGUGGCUUACGUAUCGAGCUGGGCGAAGUUGAACAUCAAAUCCAAGAGUCAUUGCAAGGGGCCCGUCAAGUUGCAGUGGAUGUUUUUAAGACCGAAAAGGGAGCGAACUUGGUUACUUAUUUCUGCUUUACCGAUGACACCAAGACCCCUAGUUCAAAUGCUGAUCCUGAGGGCAAAGACGUGUUCGAGAAUAUUGAUGCCCAGCUGCGGACUAAGCUGAAUGAUAUGUUGGUCAAACUGAAUCUAUCACUCCCGGGAUAUAUGAUUCCUACGCUGUUCAUCCCUUGCGCUUAUAUGCCUCUCAUAACUUCUGCCAAGUUGGACCGUGUCAAGCUUCGCCAUAUUACUGCCCAGCUCAGCCAAGAACAACUGGAAGCAUAUUCUUUGCUUGAUGCUGACAAGCAGGCGCCUGAAACUGAAAUGGAAAUUCGUUUACAAAAACUUUGGGCUGCGACAUUAAAUCUGCCAGAAACUGCAAUCGGUCGACAGGACAACUUUUUGCGCAUUGGCGGUGACUCUAUUGCCGCUAUCCGCCUCGUUUCAAUGGCUCGUAACGUCGGAAUUAUCCUCACAGUUAACGAUAUCUUUGACGAUGCCCGUUUAGUUGCGGUCGCAGACAAGGCUGUUGAUACUGAUGUGGGCUAUGACGCCCUGGCUCCAAUUAAGCCAUUUAGCCUCCUGCCUGCGGGCAUCGAAGACUUGGUUAUAUCUCCUACAAUUAGAAAAGAAUGCGCACUUGCCGCUGAUCAAGUCAUCGAAGAUGCGUAUCCUUGCAGCAAGCUCCAAGAAGGUCUCAUGGCUUUGUCUGUUAAGCAACCGGGCUCUUAUAUCGGUAAAUUUGUCUAUAAGCUUUCCAGACAUAUUGACGUCAACAGAUUCAAGAUGGCCUGGGAACGCACUAUUGAGAUGACUGGCAGUCUACGCACCCGAAUCGUGCGAGCUGGAGAUUAUUCCAUUCAAGUUGUCAUCAACGGCGAUGUUGCUUGGGGCGAAACAAGUAAUGAUUUACAGUCAUCGCUUGCUAGGGCUCAGUGUCUUGAGAUGGGUUAUGGUUCUCGACUCAGCCAGUACACUCUCAUUGAGCAUGUUGACUGCACGUACUUUAUGUGGAGUAUUCAUCACGCAAUUACAGACGGUCUAUCAACCAUGAAGAUUUUGAGUACGCUUUCAAACAUAUACAAUGGCGUUGAAACCUCACCUCUGCCGCCAUACGCUCGUUUCAUCAAGUAUACUCUUAGUCUCCAAGAAGAAAUCACUGCAAACUAUUGGAAGACGCAGCUUCAUAAUGCUCAAAAAGCAAUAUUCCCCCCUACGAACAGCACAUCUCAUAACACACCAAACGUUACUCAAGUACUAGAGACGUUAAUUGAGCUUCCUCUUGACGUGAAAAACUCGACAAUUACAGUGGCUACGGUCGUCCGAUCUGCAUGGGCUAUUGUCCUUGCUAGAUACUGUGACUCUGACGAUGUUACUUUCGGUACUACUAUUUCAGGCCGCCAGGCACCUGUGCCUGAAAUUAUGGAAAUAGCUGGUCCUAUAAUCGCUACUGUUCCAGUCCGCAUAUGUAUCAACCGCCAACAGCUAAUUUCGGAUUUUCUCGAAGGUGUCCAGAAGCAGGCUCUAGAAAUGACUGCGUUUGAGCAGUAUGGACUUCAAAAUAUUGCGAAACUAGGCGAGAAUGCUCGCGAUGCAUGUGACUUUAGCAGCCUUCUCGUUGUCCAGCCCAUGCAGUAUCUUGGAAGCACGAAUAACGAAGACGAUCUUCUUUUUAGCACUGAUCUUGGAGCUGAUGGUGUCGCUGACACUGUCCAAAACUAUUUUUCAUACCCUUUAGUUGUCCAAGCUCACUUAUACGAUGACCACGUAAAGCUUGUACUUAUUUACGACUCGAAAGUGAUCCCAGAAACUCAAUUGGUUGCUCUCUCUCAUCAGAUUGGCCAUGUUAUGACCCAGCUCAACAAUUCAAGUUCUGCUACUCUGGAUACGGUCUCCGUCUUCUCACCCCAUGAUGUCCAGAAAGCAACAUCUUUUAAUGCGACAAUCCCUGAGGUUGUUAAUGCCUGCAUGCAUGAACUAAUUGAGAACCAGGCCAAAUUGAACCCAUCUGCUCCAGCUAUUGCCGCUUGGGAUGGGAACUUUACAUAUAGCGAGCUUGAUAGCGCCGCUAACAAGUUGGCCCAUCACCUUAUCAAUGCCUAUGGUGUUAAGUUCAAUGACUUUGUUCACGUCUGCUUUGAAAAAUCGGCUUGGUAUAUAGUAUCAAUAAUUGCAAUCAGCAAGGUCGGCGCGACUUGGGUUCCCCUAGAUCCCUUCCAACCAGAACAGCAAUUACGAUCCAUUGUUAGCCAGACCAAAGCCACUUUAGCCUUGGUUUCGCCACGCAACGUGGAACUCUGUUCCUCUUUGGUUGACAAUGUUAUUGAGGUAACUACAGAUCUGGAUAUCUCGCUUCCCGGGCAAGAUGGAGUUCAGAGCCCCAACGUAUCCGUCUCAUCUCAAACAGCUGCGUAUGUCCUUUUCACUUCCGGCUCUACGGGCACACCUGAGGGAGCCGUUAUUGAACAAGGCUCUUUAUGCACAAGUCAAAAUGACAUUGCGAAGAGACUCCAUUAUCAUUCAAAUGUGCGCAUCUUGCAAUUUUCUGCAUUUAUAUCUCAUCUUUCUAUCAGCGAAAUCAUCAUGUCAUUGAUUAACGGAGCCUGUGUAUGCGUUCCCUCUGAGGAUCAGCGAACAAAUGGUAUAGUCGACUUUAUCCGCAACAUGAGGAUCAACUGGCUUUAUAUUACACCCACCUUCUUACGUACAUUGAAUCAAAGCGACGUUCCUGGUGUUGAAUUGGUUCUUAUGGGUGGCGAAUCUGUGCCACGUGAUGUGUUUGAUAUGUGGUUUGGUCAUGUUCGUCUGCUCAAUGCUUGGGGCCCCACAGAGUCAUGUAUGAUGGGUGCCAUUCAUGAAUUCGAAUAUGCUGACGAAUCGCCUUUGACUAUCGGCUCUCCUGUUGGUGGUUUCUGCUGGAUUGUUGAUCCGGAAAACCCACAUCAUCUCGCGCCAAUCGGAAGUCUUGGUGAGGUUGUGAUCCAAGGUCCGGCUCUCUUCCGCGAAUAUCUCAACAAUCCCGAGAAGACUGAAGAAACGACUGUGAACGUGUUGCCGGAUUGGGCCCCUCGACCCGAUGAAAGGAAUUGGAAUCGGUUUUACAAAACUGGCGAUUUAUGCUUUUAUAACGCCAACGGCGCUAUCGAGUUUUCGUCUCCUAAGGACAUGCAAACGAAGAUUAAUGGUCUUCGUGUUAAAUUAGGCGAAAUUGAGCAUCAUGCCCAUGCCUUGCUUAACGAUAUCGGCCAAAUCGCCGUAGAUGUCGUCAAAACUGACAGCGGUUCUAACUUAGUUGCAUACCUGUUCUUCACUGAUGAGAAGCGCCAGCAUUCCGAUGAUGAUGAUAAGGGUCCAUUUACUCCAAUGAGUUCAGAACUUGAAGAUAAACUCGCUGGUGUUAUAGGUGAAUUAAGAGUGAGCAUGCCGAGAUAUAUGAUACCUACCUUCUAUAUCCCAUGCAAUUAUAUGCCUGUUAUAUCAUCUGGUAAGCUGGAUCGGAAGGAGUUGAAAAAGCAAAUCUCUAUCCUUAGCCAAGAUGAGCUCAUCAAGUUCUCUCUACACGAGGUCAAUAAACGCGCUCCUGAAUCGGUCAUGGAACUUCGACUUCAGAAAAUUUGGUCAACAGUCCUCUCUACUACCGUAGGAUUUAUUGGCCGUGACGAUAGCUUCCUUAGCUUAGGAGGUGACUCAAUUACAGCAAUUCAUCUCGUCAGCGCUUGUCGCGAAGCCGGAAUUUCUAUUACGGUGAAGGAUAUUUUUGAUGACCCCCGUUUAUCCGCCGUUGCUUCUCGAGCCCAAAACCUCGAAGUUGUCGAAGAAGAUGUAUCGGUUGCUCCUUUCAGCUUGCUUUCGGAUCAUCUUCGUGAUAUGGCUCUUAAUGAGGACGAGAGGCUUUCGCUUUCUUCUAGUCACAUCAUUGAAGAUGCCUAUCCUUGUUCAAAAUUCCAGGAAGGUUUGAUGGCUUUGUCUGUUAAACAACGUGGUUCUUACGUCGCACAAUAUGUGUACAAACUGUCUGAUGCGGUGGACCUUCCCAAACUCAAGGCUGCCUGGGAGCGCACAGUCGAGCUUUGCGCUUCCCUUCGAACUCGUAUUGUUAUGCUGGACGGUACCUGUGUUCAAAUAAUAACUAAUGGACCCGCAGAGUGGGAUGACGCAUUCCCAACAGACUUGGAUGGCUCUAUAAGUGCUACUCGAUCUGAGAUGACUUACGGAUCGCGUCUGAAUCGUUAUGCUCUGGUUCAAGACAACAAAUUUGGUAAUCACCUCAUUUUGACCACCCAUCAUGCCGUUCAUGAUGGUUGGACACUUCGAAUCAUCAUGAAUACGCUCUACGGGGCAUACCUGGGCCUAAAUUCUCCUCCUCCUAAACCCUAUUCGGCCUUUGUUCGUUACACUCUCAGUAUUGACGUGGAAGAGGCUAGCAAUUUCUGGAGCGAACAGCUAAAGAAUGCGAAGCGCGCUACAUAUCCUCCAAUGCCUCAUAUUGAGUCUCACACUGGCAUUACUCGCAUGCUGAAUAAGACGAUUUCUUUCCCUCCAUCUAUCAAGACUAUUACUACAAAGGCUACUAUCCUCCGUGCUACGUGGGCAAUUGUACUAGCACGUUAUUGCGAUUCUGACGACGUAACAUUUGGAACUACUAUUUCCGGUCGCCAAGCCCCUGUGCCUGGUCUAACGGAAAUGCCGGGUCCAGCCGUUGCAACAGUUCCAAUUCGUAUACGUGUUGAUGCUAGCAAACCUGUUUCUCGCUUCCUCAGUGAAAUACAAUCACAGGCAACUGAUAUGAUUGAAUUUGAACAAUUCGGUCUCCAGAAUAUCAUAAAGCUAAGUUCUGAUGCAAAAGAUGCUUGUGAAUUCUCUUCGCUUCUUGUUAUUCAACCUCGGACUCAUUUGGAUUCGAUUGUCAGCAAAGAAUCUUCUGAAUCUCUAAUGGCUCUGUCAGUUGAAGCGAGAAGUGCUGAGCAGCUGAUGCAGAACUAUUUUACUUAUCCUCUAGUUAUCCAAGGCCAUGUCUUUGAUGAUUCCAUAGAGUUGCUUCUGACUUACGACUCGACCAUUUUAUCAGAGAUUGAAAUGGAAGCCCUUUCUCAUCAAUUCGACAUUGUCGCUCAUCAGCUAGUUCGUGAAUCAGAUGAUCCUAUUGGUUCUGUUGCCGUCGCCGGCGAAUGGGACCUUGAGCAGGCCAAGAAAUGGAAUACCGAAGACCCUGAACUUCUCGAUACCUGUAUUCAUAGCCUCAUCGAGAAACAAUCAGUGGUCCGACCAGAUGCACCAGCCGUGUGCGCGUGGGAUGGUGAGAUGACCUACAAUGAGCUCAAUAAUGCUGCAAAUAAGCUCGCCCAUCGCAUUGUGAAUGCUGGCGUCAAGACUAAUGACCUAGUCCACGUGUGCUUCGAGAAAUCGCUUUGGUUUUUUGUCUCCAUUCUGGCUAUCAAUAAGGCUGGCGGAGCUUGGGUUCCACUAGACCCCUCUCAUCCUAAGCAACGUCUGCGCCAAAUUGCUGGUCAGACUUUGGCCAAACUAGCCCUUUCUUCCCCUACCAACGCGGCGUUAUGUAGAGACAUUAUUAGCGAGGUCAUUGAAGUCAAUGGCGAGCUCAUAAAUGAGCUUUCCGAGACAUACGAUGGUGUUAAUGGACCUAUUACCCGCGUGCCGUCUUCCAAUGCUGCCUACGUUCUUUUCACCUCCGGCAGCACGGGCACGCCCAAAGGCCUCGUAAUGCAGCACCAGGCUGUGUGCACAAGCCAAACAGCUAUCGCUCAGAGACUUCGUCUUACUCCUGAUGUUAGAAUCCUUCAGUUUGCCGCCUAUGUCUUUGACCUAUCUAUUGGUGAGAUUGUUGGACCUUUAAUUCACGGGGCUUGCAUAUGCGUGCCGUCGGAGGAGAUGAGAUUCAAUGGCCUGAAGGAAUUUAUCCACGAAAAGAAUAUUAAUUGGGCAUUCCUUACACCUUCAUUUGUUCGAACACUUAAGCCAGAGGAUGUUCCCAGCAUCGAGCUUUUACUUCUUGCCGGCGAAGCUGUUGGUAGGGAUAUUCUGAAUAUGUGGUUUGGUAAGGUGCGCCUCAUCAAUGGCUGGGGCCCAGCUGAAACUUGCGUGUUUUCUACUUUACACGAAUGGACUUCCAUUGACGAGUCUCCUUUAACCGUUGGUAAGCCUGUGGGCGGAUACUGCUGGAUUGUUGAUGCCGAAGACCCCAGCAAGCUAGCACCAAUCGGUUGUUUGGGUGAAGUCGUUCUUCAGGGACCUACCUUACUCCGUGAAUAUCUCGCCGAUCCACAAAGAAGCAAAGAGGCAAUUAUUACCCCACUGCCGUCCUGGGCGCCGAAGCAAGACUCUCAACCAUGGAGCCGUUUUUAUAAGUCAGGUGAUUUGUGUUUCUAUAAUCCCAACGGUACAAUCGAGUUUUCAUCCCGCAAGGAUACGCAGGUUAAAAUUCGUGGUCUCCGUGUUGAAUUGGGCGAAGUUGAACACCAUAUUCGUCAAUGUCUUGAUGGUGUUCACCAAGUUGCUGUUGAUGUUUUAAAAUCCGAAGCAGGGACAAGCUUGGUUUCAUACCUCUGCUUUAGUGAUGAUUCUCAACCCGGCUCAUUGGAACUCAAGGCCAGCGAUAUUUAUUUACCCUUUGACUCUGAUAUUCAGAGCCGCGUUACUGCCAUGGUUGGUGAACUUAAUGUGACACUUCCACGGUACAUGAUUCCUACGCUAUUUAUUCCUUGCAAGUUUAUGCCUGUCAUCACCUCCACCAAGUUGGAUAGGAAGACGCUGAAGACAAUGACAGCUUCGCUGAACCGUGAUCAAUUAGCGCAAUAUUCACUUAUUGAUAGCAAGAAGCGCAGCCCCGAGACUCAAAUGGAAGCAUGCCUCCAAGCUAUCUGGGCUGAAAUCCUCAAUCUCCCUAUCGAGUCUAUCGGUCGUGAUGAUAGCUUCUUCCAGAUUGGCGGCGAUUCUAUUACUGCGAUCUACCUAGUAUCAAAGGCGCGUGAAGUGGGGGUAUCACUUCUCGUCAAAGACGUCUUCGUUGACUCUCGUCUACUUGCGGUGGCUUCCAAAGCGGUCUUUUGUGACGCUGCUCAGCAGAAACCGGAGUCUGUUGCGCCUUUUAGCCUCUUAAACGAGCAAAUUCGUGCUCUGGUGCUUGGCGGCGAGGUUCGCAAACUGUGUGGCCUUGGCGACGACCAAACUAUUGAAGAUGCUUAUCCUUGCACUUCACUACAAGAGGGCCUGAUGGCAUUAACAGUCAAGCAGCCUGGGUCUUAUGUUGCCAAGUACGUUUACAAGCUUGCUCCAUUCGUCGAUGUUGAAAGAUUAAGAGCUGCAUGGAACCGCACCAUGGAACUGUGCGGUAACAUGCGAACGAGAAUUGUCUUGUUAAACGGCACACCCAUCCAAUUACUCCUUAAGGAAGAUGGCCAGUGGCAGUCAUUGAAGAAUGAAACUCUGGCCUCAGUCACCAAUUCUUCGAGGGAUGUUCUGAUGGGUUAUGGAACUCCUCUUUGCUGGUAUGGUAUUCUGGAAGAUAACAAUGACAGAUAUCUGGUGUGGUCAGCCCAUCACUCCAUCUACGACGGCUGGGUAAUGCGCAUCCUGCUUACUACCCUAUACACUGUUUAUCAUGGCGCUGAGGUUACAACGCUACAACCGUACUCUGGCUUCAUCAAGUAUAGUAUAGAAUUGGAUAGCACUGCUUCUGCCAAUUUCUGGCGGGAGCAAUUAUCUGGCUCUCAGAGGGCUGCUUUCCCGGCUCGUCAGCCACUUACUAGCUCACCAUCAUCAACGCAAGUGUUCAAAUCCACUAUUAAACUUGGACAGCCCAGCCAAACUAUGGUUACGAGAGCUUCUAUCCUAAGGGCCGCCUGGGCCAUUGUUCUUGCCCGUUACAGUAACACAGAAGAUGUGAGCUUCGGAACGACCGUAUCAGGACGCCAUGCUCCCGUAGCUGGGCUCGAAACUAUGCCAGGUCCUAUGAUUGCAACAGUUCCUAUCCGCAUUCGUAUGGAUCGUGCUAUUACCAAGUCUGGGUUCUUAGAAAGAGUUCAGAACCAGGCUCAUGAGAUGGUUCCUUAUGAACAAUUCGGUCUUCAUAACAUCUCUAAGCUCAGCCAAGAUGCCAAGGAUGCCUGUGACUUUUCGAGUCUGCUCGUUAUUCAGCCUCCUGCACAGAACAUCUCAGAGGACGAACUAGCAUCCAAUAUCUUGGUCUACGGCAGUGAAGAGCAGGGCCGUACAGAUGAUGCUAUGCAGAAUUACUUCAACUAUCCCCUUGUGAUUAUUAUGAACACCUUUACUGACCACAUCCUGCAACGCUUCUUCUUUGAUUCCAAUGUCCUGAGCGAGUCUCGUGUGUCUGCUUUAUCGCAGCAUAUUAGUCACGUUGUAGAGCAGCUGUUAGAUGAUGGCGAUGACAUCCUUGGUAACAUUGAUCUUGUUGGAGAAUGGGAUGUCCAGCACGCUUUGGAGUCUACUCGACUUAAGCCAUCUACAGAGGCUUGUACGCAUUGGCUUAUCCAUGAUCGUAUCAAAGCACAGCCCAAUGACCCCGCGAUUUCUUCCUGGGAUGGUAAUCUCACCUACGCCGAGCUAGGUACUCUUGCAAAUCGUCUAGCCUGGAAACUUCAAGACCUUGGAGUCGGGCCCGAAUCUCUCAUUCCACUAUGCUUCCCUAAAUCUACCUGGGCUGUCGUUGCGAUGGUUGCCGUGGAAAUGGCCGGUGGUGCAUUUGUUCCUCUUGAUCCUAACGCACCGGCUGCUCGUCUUCAAAGCCUUAUUGAGGAUACUAAAUCAACUUUGGCAAUUGCAAGCCCAUCAUGUCAAGCUACCAUCCGUGAUAUUGGUAUCGAUGUAUUCGUUGUCGACGAGGCUCUAUUACUUGAACUUUCUGACCCCAUAGCGCCGAUUACGUCUUCAGUACAGCCGGAUAAUGCAAGUGUCAUCCUCUUCACAUCAGGAUCAACUGGCAAGCCUAAGGGCAUGGUGAUUCAACAUAAUAGCCUGUGUUCAUCUGGAAAUGCUUAUGGCACAGAUCUUAAUAUCGGGCCGGGCACACGAGUAUUUCAAUUUUCUGCUUAUACAUUCGAUGUCGGUGUGCUUGACUGUCUUGUCUCUCUCAUGCGCGGCGCAACUAUUUGCAUUCCAUCCGACCAUGCACGCCUUAAUGACUUAGCCGGCGCUAUGAAUGCCACAAAGGCAAACUGGGUGUUCCUUACACCUACCGUUGCAGAUCUUCUUUCGCCAACUGACGUCCCAUAUCUCGAGGUUCUCUGCUUGGGUGGCGAAGCUAUCAGUAAGAAAUGUGCAGAGCGCUGGAUCAAUCACACUGAAGUACACGGUCUAUAUGGUCCUGCCGAAGCAUCUAUAUGUGCCUGGAACCCUGCCGUCGGUAGAUCUGGCCUCUCAACUAAUAUCGGAAGACCUACGUCCUCAGCUUUCUGGGUAGUGGAGCCUAGUAACAAUAAGCGACUUGUUCCUGUCGGAUGCAUUGGAGAGCUUCUUAUUGAAGGCCCUAUGCUUGCUCGAGGAUACAUCAAUGCUAACGCCGAGAGUGCUUCGAACUGGAUGGAAAAUGUGGAUUGGCUUCCGGGUCCUGAUAUCAAGAGGGUCUAUAAGACCGGCGAUUUGGUUCGCCGUAAUGCUGAUGGCACUUUCGAUUUCAUCGGCCGAAAAGACACGCAAGUUAAACUCCAUGGUCAGCGCGUUGAGCUUGGCGAAAUUGAGACUCGAGUUCACGAGUUCCUCCCAACAGAUGUAGCUGCCAUAGUUGCUGUUGUUAAAGAUGGUCAUGGUCACGACGGCUUGCUUGCUUUCCUCUGGUACACUGAAGGUGCCACUGCCUCUAAGUCUACUACCAGUUUGGUGGAGACUAUCACUGAUGAAGCUCGUGCUAUGAUUUCUCAUAUUGACUCUUCACUGAGCAUGAUAUUGCCGUCAUACAUGAUUCCAUCAUCUUAUCUAGUGUUUAAUGGUAAGCCUGAGCAGACGGUGAAUGGCAAGGUCAAUCGUCGUGCAUUGCUUGCUCAUGCUCAGAACUUAUCUACACAGGAUCGUUUGCGCUUUGCACCCAACAUCAGUAAGAAUGAACCACCAACAACACCCAUGGAAUUCAAGCUUAGAGAUCUUUGGGCUCAAGUACUCCAUAUUGAUGUUGAAUCCAUUGGUAAAAAUGAUAGCUUUUUGCGCAUUGGGGGUGACUCCAUCAGUGCAAUUCAGCUAGUUUCUCUGGCUCAGCAGAAUAACAUUGGUCUAACGGUGGCUACUAUCUUUAACGAUCCUCGCCUAUCUCAGAUGGCUGAGGCUGCUAAUGUUGAUGAAAUUAUGCCAACCUAUGAGAAUAAGCCUUUUAGCCUGAUUCCUGCAUCUACCAUGGAUGCUGUUCUUACCGAAGUGCGAUGCCAGUGCGAUCUCUCUGAGUCUGCGAUUAUCGAGGAUGCUUAUCCAUGCACGCGUCUUCAAGAAGGUCUAAUGGUGUUAGCAGUCAAGCAACCAGGUUCAUACGUUGCCAAGCAUGUAUACCGCCUAGUAACUGGAACCGACAUGGAACGUUUUAAGCAAUCUUGGGAUCAAACUGUGGAGGCUUGUGCAGCCCUUAGAACGCGAUUUGUUCUUGUUGAUGGCAACGUUUUCCAGGCAGUUAUUAAAGAUUCAGUCAGCUGGAAGUUUUCAUCCGACCUCCGUUCGUUUACAAUGUCCACAGAAAACUCUCAAAUGGGUUACGGUACUCCUCUUUGUCGAUAUGCAAUUAUUGAACAGGGUAGCGAAAAAUAUUUUGCUUGGAACAUCCACCACGCUAUUUUCGAUGGAUGGACUUUACCAUUAAUAAUGGGCACUCUCCAUGCCUUCUACCGAGGCACUGAUAUUCCUUCACUCCUCCCAUAUUCUGGAUUCGUGAAAUACGUGGCGAAUCUGGAUUAUACCGCUUCUAGCGAGUACUGGUCUCAGCAAUUAGAUGGCGCUAAGAAGGCAGCAUUUCCUCCAGGAAAUGGAACGGCGAAAGCCAACAAAUCGGAGACAUCAACUCGCGUCAUGCACAGCGCGAUUCAAUUCCCUCGGUCUACCAAUACCUCAGUCACAAAAGCCUCAAUUCUUCGAGCGGCAUGGGCCAUUGUGCUUGCACAAUAUAAUGAUUGUGAUGAUGUCUGCUUUGGAACUACGGUUUCUGGCCGCCACGCCCCAGUUCCCGGUCUCGAACGAAUGCCUGGUCUUGUAGUCGCGACUGUUCCCGUUCACGUCAAACUGGACCAGAAUCAAUCUUUAAGCAGCUUUUUAGAGGGAAUUCAAUCACAGGCCUCUGAAAUGGUUGCUUACGAACAAUUUGGCAUCCAGAAUAUUUCUAAAUUAAAUGCUCAAGCCAAGGAGGCUUGUGACUUCACCAGUUUAUUAGUUGUGCAACCCACCCAACACAUCUCCUCAACGGGAAGUGGGGAAGAAGAGACCCUAUUAACUGCUACAAUAACCGAUGACAUUCGUUCCGAUGAAUUGCUGGAUAAUUAUUUUAAUUAUCCCCUGGUUUUGCAGUGCCAUCUACUUGAUGAUUGUGUCAACCUCGUCUUCAUAUAUGAUGAUGGCCUUAUUGCUGAGCACCAGCUUAUUAGUCUUUCUCAUCAGUUUGAACAUAUCACUACUCAAUUACUUGCUCAGGACGAUAGCCCUCUAUCCACAAUCUCAAUGGCAAGCGAAUGGGAUCUUGAAUUCGCGUGUGCUUCAAACAAAAUUGAGCCCGCCAUUGUAGAAGACUGCAUUCACAAUCUGAUUGAGCAGCAAGCUCUACUUAACCCAGAUGCACCAGCUAUUAACGCAUGGGAUGCCGAUUUCACUUAUGCUGAAUUAGACCGCGCCGCCAAUAGAUUGGCAAACUACCUUAUUCAGUCUUUAGGCGUAAAAGUGGGUGAUUUUAUUCAUGUGUGCUUUGAGAAAUCAGCUUGGCAUGUAGUAUCUGUUCUUGCGAUCAACAAAGCAGGCGCAGCCUGGAUACCGCUCGAUCCAUCACAUCCUACUGAACGCCACCAGCAAGUUGUUAAUCAAACUAGCUCCGUGUUAGCACUCACUUCAGUAGCCAAUGUUUCCAAGUGCAUUGAUCUAGUAGCUAAUGUUUUGGAGGUAACACGAGAGCUCGAUGACAGACUUAUCGCUGAUGUACAAUUCAACGACACGAAACCAGCCACUAGUGUUACUCCUCAGGAUAUUGCUUAUAUCCUCUUCACAUCUGGGUCUACUGGUAUCCCCAAGGGCGUCAUCAUGGAGCAUGUGGCCCUCUGUAGCAGUCAGACCUCUGCCAGUAAAAGAAUUGGCUAUGGCUCUAGCGUCCGAAUGCUUCAAUUUGCCUCUUUCGUCUUUGACGCAUGCAUAGCAGAAAUAUUCACGCCGUUAAUCUCAGGCGCUUGCGUCUGCAUCCCGUCUUGGGAGACACAGAUGAGUUCUCUUGCAAGUUAUAUUCGCAAGGCGAACGUGAACUGGGCAUUGUUGACUCCGUCAUUCGCUCGUACUAUUAAUCCGGCAGAAGUUCCUUGUUUAGAGCUUUUGAUGCUUGGUGGCGAGGCUGUUAGUCGCGAUGUCUUCGAGCUUUGGUUUGGCAAGCUUCGUCUGUUCAAUGCAUGGGGUCCUACUGAAAGUUGCGUCUUUGGCGCAUUGCAUGAGUGGAAGUCCAUUCAUGAAUCCCAGUUAACAGUUGGUCAGCCACUUGGUGGCUACUGCUGGCUUGUUGACCCUAAAAAUCCACAGAAGUUAGCACCCACAGGCACAUUGGGCGAGGUUGUUAUUCAGGGACCUAAUUUAUUCCGCGAGUACUUGUCUGAUAAGGAGAAGACAGCCUCCUCCACUGUCGCCUCCCUGCCGCAAUGGGCGCCUAAUCAACAUUCUCGCUACUACAACCGAUUUUAUAAGACUGGGGAUUUGGCGAUGUAUAAUUCCGAUGGGACUCUUCAAUAUUAUAGCCGCAAGGACACACAGGUCAAAAUCCGUGGCCUUCGCGUGGAAUUGGGCGAAAUUGAGUACCAUAUUCGUCAGAGCCUUAAUGGUGUCCAGCAAGUUGCUGUUGAUGUAUUCAAGACCGAGGCUGGCUCCAAUCUUAUUUCGUUCAUUUGCUUCAACAACGACACGCUUCCUGCUAGCGCCACUGGUGAUAUCACUUGUGAGGAUAUCCUCUUGUCACUUACAGCCGAACUGAAAAAUAGUAUCAAUGAUCUACAAGGCCGUCUUAAUGUUGCCUUACCUAGUUAUAUGAUUCCUACACUGUUCGUUCCCUGCAAAGCUAUGCCACUUGUUACUUCCGGUAAACUUGAUAGGAAGCUUCUACUGAAAUUCACUGCGUCUCUAACUAAAGCUCACCUUGAGAAAUACGCGCUCUCUGAUGGUGAAAAGAGACAACCAGAGACCGAAAUGGAAUACCGUAUGCGUGAGCUUUGGGCUUCUCUCUUGAAUAUGCCUCUCACCUCUAUUGGUCGCGACGAUAACUUUUUGAGAAUUGGUGGUGACUCUAUAACUGCAAUUCGACUCAUUACCAAAGCGCGUGAUCAUGGCAUUUCCCUUAGUAUAAAUGAUAUAUUUAGCGAUUCCCGACUCCUUGCUGUUGCAGCUAAAGCUACCAUUGGAGGAGGCCAGUCUGGAGAGAUGAUCGCCAUUCAGCCAUUUAGUCUUCUUGAUCAAGACCGCAAAAGCAUGGUUUUUGGCAGUUCUUCUGGCCUCCUACUGCCGCCCGGCCUGGAGAUCGAGGAUGCCUUUCCCUGUUCCAAGCUCCAGGAAGGUUUCAUGGCUUUAGCAGUGAAGCAGCCUGGAUCUUAUAUAGCUAAAUAUCAUUACCGCUUGCCGGCACAUGUCGAUGUUGUUAGAUUCAAGCAUGCCUGGGAGCUAACCGUUGAACGGUGUGCUAAUAUGCGCACUCGUAUAAUCAGCGUUGGUGGUACGACAAUUCAAACGGUCAUCAAGAACGAUGUGUUUUGGGAAGACACCCAGGGCAUGACCCUUAUGUCCUGUCUUCGUGCUCCCCAGAUGACAGAAAUGAGCUAUGGUUCUCGUCUUUGUCGAUAUGCCUUAAUCGAAGAGAAGGGUCAAGAUGUUCAAUUUGUGUGGAGCAUUCAUCACGCUGUCUUCGAUGGCUGGUCAACACCUAUCAUUCUCAGUACUUUACACAGUGCCUACAGGGACAUCGAGCUACCCAAGAUCGAGAACUAUGCCAGAUUCAUUAAGUAUACGAUGGGUAUCAACCACCAGGAGGCCAGCGAGUACUGGACGAGAGAGCUCCAUGAUGUCAAGAAAGCAACCUUCCCAUCGUCUGUCUCCACUGGGGUGGCUGAGAAGGGGGAUGUUACACGCUUCAUGGAAACUCGAAUUGAUCUGCCACAGAACACCAUGGGGGUCACUAAAGCCACUAUCCUUCGCGCAGCAUGGGCAGUAGUUCUUGCGCGGUACUGUGAUACUGAUGAUGUCUGCUUCGGCACAACAAUCUCGGGUAGGCAGGCCCCUGUUCCUGGGCUGACGGAGAUGCCUGGUCCAGUUAUCGCCACUGUGCCUAUUCGAGUUCGUUUGGAUCAACAACAAUCUGUGGAUCACUUUCUUCAAGGUAUUCAAGAUCAAGCUACUAAAAUGGUUGCCUAUGAACAAUUCGGUCUUCAAAACAUAGGCAAAUUAAGUGCUGACGCUAAAGAUGCCUGUGAUUUUUCAUCGCUUCUUGUCAUUCAGCCUUUGCAAACUAUAAUGUACAAUGAUGGCAACGAAGAUAUCUUGUUGGCUGCAUCAGACUCAGCUGGCGAGACUAAAGAAGAAUCGAUGCAAAAUUAUUUCUCUUAUCCGCUGGUUAUUCAAGGGCACUUGCAUGAUGAUUUUAUCAAUCUUGUAUUGAUUUAUAAUUCCCUUGUUCUGCCUGAAGCACAGCUUCUGGCGCUUUCGCAGCAGUUCAAGAAUACUGUUCAACAGCUUGUCUCCCGACCUCAGUUGAGCCUUGAGUCUCUAUCUAUUACUUCAGGCUGGGACGUCGAACAAUCUCUCAAAUUCAACUCCGAAGUUCCUGACAUUAUCGACUCAUGUGUUCAUGUACUUAUUGAGGCGCAAGCCAUAAGCCGCCCCAAUGCUAUCGCAAUUAACGCUUGGGAUGCCAAAUUCACAUAUGCUGAAUUCAACCGCGCUGCUAAUCGACUCGCCAAUCAUCUUGUGGCUACUUGCAACCUUGGUGUUGGAGACUUAGUUCAUGUGUGCUUCGAAAAGUCAGCAUGGUUCUUUGUGUCUAUUCUAGCCAUUAACAAAUCCGGUGCUGCUUGGGCUCCUCUAGAUCCCUCUCACCCAGAACAGCGGCUUCGGCAAGUCGUAUCCCAAACAUGUGCUAAAAUCGCACUGGCCUCAACUGAGAAUAGCACUCUAUGUGCUAGCUUAGUCGAGUCUAUUAUCACUGUCAACUCAGAUCUCGAUCUACAACUGUCCAAGGUUGAAGAGUAUAGCCAGAAAGGUCCAGUGACUACUGUGUCUCCGGAUAGUCCUGUUUAUGUACUUUUUACUUCUGGAUCAACUGGAACACCAAAAGGGUUAGUUAUGCAGCACAGAUCUGUGUGCACGUCACAAACCGCUAUUGCCAAGAAGCUUAGCCUGCACUCAGAUGUACGCAUGUUGCAAUUUGCUGCCUUUGUAUUCGACCUUUCCAUUGGUGAGAUUAUUGCGCCAUUGAUUACAGGUGCAUGCUUGUGUAUACCGUCAGAAAACACUAGGAUGAAUGGGCUUGUGCAGUUUAUUCGAGAAAUGGACGUUAAUUGGGCCUUCUUUACACCUUCAUUUAUCCGUACGCUUAACCCAUCCGAGGUUCCAAGCCUUGAGCUUAUUCUAUUAGCGGGUGAGGCCGUCCCUCGAGAUGUUCUUACCACUUGGUUUGGUAAAGUCCGCUUAAUCAACGGGUGGGGGCCGGCCGAGACCUGUGUGUUCUCAACCCUUCAUGAGUGGCAGUCAAUUAACGAGUCACCUCUCACAAUUGGAAAACCCGUCGGUGGCUUCUGUUGGAUUGUUGAGCCAGAUCAUCCUGAUCGACUAGCCCCCGUUGGAACACUAGGAGAAGUCGUUAUUCAAGGGCCGACCUUGCUACUGGAGUAUCUUGCAGAUCCUGAAAGAACUCAAGCUUCUGUUCUAGAUAAUCUUCCUCAAUGGGCUCUUCAUUCUCGUCCUGAUUCCAAGCACUGGAACAGGUUUUACAAGUCUGGAGAUCUUUGCUAUUAUAACCAAAACGGUACAAUUGAAUUUUCCACUCGUAAAGAUACACAAAUUAAGAUACGCGGUCUCCGUGUGGAGUUGGGAGAAGUUCAGCAUCACGUCCAACAAGCACUUACUGGAGCACGACAAGUCGCUAUUGAUGUAUACAAAGGCGAAAAUGGCACCAAUCUCAUCGCAUACUUUUGCCUUAGUGAUGAAACUCGAACAGCCGGUUUAAGCGAUGCCACUUCUGCGGGGCCAUUCCUACCGCUUGAUGAAGAUUUACAGUCCCAUCUAGCAACUGUGAUUAGCAAACUCAGGAUUUCCCUGCCGCGUUAUAUGAUACCCACGAUGUUCAUCCUCUGCAGUUAUAUGCCAUUCAUUACCUCAACAAAGCUUGAUCGCAAUCAAUUGAAGAAGCUCACUAGCUGCCUAAAUAAGGAUCAAAUCGCACAAUAUUCUCUCAUCAGCAGCAAGAAGCGGUUGCCAGAAACUCCCAUGGAGGUCUUCUUGCAAAAGCUUUGGUCCGAACUGCUUGGAGUUUCUAUUGAGUCUAUUGGUUGUGACGAUAGCUUCCUCGGCCUGGGCGGUGAUUCCAUUACUGCCAUUCAUAUGGUCAGCGCUGCUCGCGAAUCGGGCAUUACGCUUACUGUCAAAGAAAUAUUUGAUGACCCUCGCUUAUCCGCCGUUGCCAGCAAAUCUCGUGAUAUUGGAAAAGAUGAACAAGCGUCUAGCUUCGAUGCCUCUCCAUUCUGCUUGCUAGAUGCUUCCACACAACAGCUGGCUCUUAGUGACGAAGUGAGAAGCCUUUGCAGUUUGACCGUUGACGAGGAGGUGGAGGAUGCGUAUCCGACAACUAUGUUCCAAGAGGGAUUAAUGGCUCUUUCUGUAAAACAGCCGGGCUCGUAUAUUGCCAAAUACGCUUAUCGGCUGUCAGAUGACGUUGAUAUUGGUCGCUUCAAAGCAGCCUGGGAACAAACUGUUGCCUUGUGUCCCACUCUGCGCACCAGGAUUGUUUUACUUGAUGGCAAAUGCACUCAAAUAGUCAUUAAAGAGACCCACGGCGAGUGGCAUCAGGGUCAUCUGAAUGUACGCGCCGCUAGCCAAGCUAUCCGAAAUGCUGAAAUGACCUAUGGCUCUCGCCUUUCUCAGUCGGCUUUAGUAAGCGACGAUGAUGGAAACAACUACUUCCUCUGGACAGUGCAUCACGCUGUUCAUGAUGGUUGGACCGUUCGUCUCGUUAUGACUACUUUCCAGAACGCAUAUCAUAAUCUGGAAAUGCCGCCUUUGAAGCCAUAUUCUGCUUUCAUACACUAUCUUACAGGCACAAAGAAUGAAGAUUCUGCCAAUUACUGGAAGCAGCAGCUCCAAGGUGCUAGAAAGGCUUCUUAUCCUUCUACUGCGCCUGCCUCUGCACCCAAAGGUGCUACUCGGCAAAUCAACAAGACUAUCCAAGUUCCUGCUUCAGCCGACCCUACUAUAACAAAGGCUACUAUUAUGCGUGCCACUUGGGCAAUUUUGCUCGCUCGGUAUUGUGAUACUGACGAUAUCACUUUCGGUACAUCAAUUUCUGGUAGACAAGCUCCGGUUUCAGGUCUCAUGGAUAUGCCGGGUCCUGUAGUCGCCACUGUUCCUGUGCGUGUACGUCUGGAUCAGAAACAGACGAUAAGCAAAUAUCUCCAGGCAAUCCAAAAUCAGGCUCAUGAGAUGGUUCCAUACGAGCAAUAUGGCUUGUCAAAUAUUGGAAAGAUCAGUGCCGACAUCAAAGAAGCGUGCGAUUUCACGAGCUUGCUGGUUGUACAGCCUAGAACACACCUGGAUUCACGCAGCAAAUCUAUGUCUGCUGAGACUGAAGCUUCAUCAAGCGCUCUUCUCCUACCCACUUGUAUUGAAGGUAACUCAGUUGAGGAAUCUAUGCAAGGAUAUUUCUCUUAUCCCCUUGUUAUCCAGGGCCAUCUAUUUAGCGAUUUCAUUGAGCUAUUUAUCACUUAUGACUCUUCUGCAGUCUCUGAGCCAGCGAUGGAAGCCAUGUGCCAUCAAUUCAAUCAUGUGGCUUCUCAGCUCUUUGAGGGCAAAAACCUUACCCUAGGAGAUCUGACAGUCGCUUCCGAUUGGGAUCUUCAACGUGUCAUUGAAUUUAACCAAGAGAUCCCCGAAUUUAUGGACACUUGCGUCCAUCAUCUCAUUGAAGCACAUGCCAAAGAAGCUCCUACUUCACCAGCCAUAUGCGCAUGGGAUGGUGUAAUGACUUACGGACAACUUAACGAAAUGGCAAAUAUUCUAGCUCAUCACCUGAUUGCUCACUAUAGCGUCCAAGUCGAAGACCUCAUCCACGUCUGCUUCGAAAAAUCAGUUUGGUACUGGGUAUCUGUUCUUGCUAUCAGCAAAGCCGGUGCUGUAUGGGUCCCUCUUGAUCCAUCUCAUCCCGAGCAGCGUAUUCGUCAAGUCACCUCGCAAACCCAUUCGAAGCUGGCGCUCGUGUCUGACACUACGAGGCAUUUAGUCUCUGAUAUUGUUGAUCAAGUGCUCGAGGUCUCUCCAGCUUUAUAUGAACGGCUUAAUUCUCCCCUGGGUACAGAAGAUCCGCAGGUUCCCGUCUCGUCUCACAAUGCUGUCUACGUGUUGUUCACCUCUGGUUCCACAGGUACGCCUAAGGGUCUGGUUCAGACACAUGGCGGUGUUUCAUCCACUCUGUCUGCUAUUAGGAAUAGGAUGGGCAUAGACUCAAACAACCGGACCCUCCAAUUUGCUUCAUACGUGUUCGAUAUGUCUAUUGGUGAAGGAAUUCUGCAUCUCAUUUCUGGUGCUUGUAUCUUCAUUCCCUCUGAGGACACUAGAAUGAAUGGACUAACGGAAUUCAUCAACGAGCAUAAAAUCAACUCGCUCUGGCUAACGCCAUCCUUUGUGCGAACUAUAAGUCCAGAACAGGUCCCUUCAGUUGACUUCUUGCUGCUGGCCGGUGAAGCUGUUACCCGUGAUGUUCUUACCACGUGGUGUGGUAGUGUUCGUCUAUUUAACGGCUGGGGUCCCGCCGAGACUUGCGUUUUCAGCUCUCUGCAUGAGUUUACAUCUAUUGAAGAAUCUCCAUUAACAAUCGGUCGCCCUAUUGGAGGUCAUUGUUGGAUUGUGGACCCUGAAAAUCCUUACAAGCUCGCUCCUAUUGGUACUCUAGGUGAAGUUGUGAUCCAAAGCCCAGCAAUCUUGCGAGAAUAUCUCGAUGACGUCGAGCGUACCAAGGCCUCCACAAUCUAUGACUUACCCGCCUGGGCACCCCGUCGCGACGAGCCUCACUGGUCUCGCUUCUUUAAAUCUGGGGAUCUGGCUUUGUACAAUCCCGACGGUACUCUCGAGUUCUCUAGUAGAAAAGAUACCCAAGUCAAGAUUCGUGGUCUUCGUGUGGAAUUGGGAGAGAUUGAGUAUCACGUACGUAGCAAUCUUGAAAGCGCCCGUCAAGUUGCUGUUGACGUUUUCAAGACCGAUGCCGGUACGAGACUCGUAGUUUAUUUCUGCUUCUCGGAUGAAAUACCUACUAUAAGCAUUUCUCAAUCGGAUGAAAAUAUCUUCCUUCCUAUAUCCGAAGAGCUUCGAAAGCAGCUUGCUGACAUGGUCAGCCAGCUCAGCAUUUCGCUGCCUCGGUACAUGGUGCCUUCACUUUUCGUCCCCUGUCGCUACAUGCCAUUUAUCACCUCUACUAAGCUUGAUAGAAAUAAGCUGAAGAAACUCAUUUCUGAACUUAGCCAAGAAGACUACAAUACUUACUCUUUGAGUAGCGGCAGCAAGCGUAUGCCUGACACCGAAAUGGAGAGGCGUAUGCAAGAGCUUUGGUCUGUCGUCCUACAUAGGCCUAUAUCCGAUAUUGGCUGCGAUGAUAGCUUCUUACAAAUUGGCGGUGAUUCUAUUGCUGCCAUCCAGCUCGUUACUAAUGCUCGUGAUGCCGGCAUUUCAAUCUCUGUUAAAGACAUCUUCAAGGAUCCUCGCCUUUCGAAACUUGCUCUAGUAGCGACUCUCUCUAGCGGCAAAGGCCCAUCAAUUAUUACGCCUUUUAGCUUGCUGGAAAAAUCUAUUACCAAGGCUCAUAUCAUUGAUGCGGUCAAAGAGCAGUGCGGUCUUACAGGAGACGAUCUACUUGAUGAUGCCUACCCUUGCACACAGCUUCAAGAAGGACUUGUGGCUCUCGCAGUCAAGCAGCCUGGAUCUUAUAUUGCUAAAUACCUAUAUCAGCUGCCUGAUCAUGUCGAAGUCAGUAGAUUCCGUGCUGCCUGGGAUCGUACUGUUAAGAGCUGCGCUAAUCUUCGCACGCGCAUGCUUCUCGUCAAUGAUAUCACUAUUCAAGCCAUCCUCAGUGAUGAUAUCGCUUGGGAUGACACUGCUGGUGUCUCACUUGAGGCAUAUGCUCAUGCUACGCUUCAUCUUGAGAUGGGAUAUGCCCAGCGACUAUGCCGCUAUGCCAUCAUCCAAGAACAGAGCGGAACCUAUUUUGCAUUCAGUAUCCACCACACCGUCUUCGACGGCUGGUCUCUUCCUUUGGUUAUGAGUACACUAUCUGCAGCUUAUUAUGAACUUGAGUUACCUUCUCUGCAGUCUUAUUCUGUAUUUGUCAAGUACACAAUGGAACUUGACAAGAGCGCUGCUUCAAACUAUUGGAAGACGCAGCUCCGAGAUGCUAAACGUGCAACCUUCCCAGCGCCCAGCGACAAACACGGCGCGUCUCAGACACGGAUCAUGAAUAAGACCAUUGAGUUCCACAAUACCAAUACAUCAAUCACCAAGGCUUCGAUUCUCCGCGGUGCUUGGGCCAUUGUCCUUGCACGCUACUCAGAUAGCGACGAUGUAUGCUUCGGUACAACAGUGUCGGGUCGUCACGCCAAUAUAGCCGGCCUUGAAUCUAUGCCUGGACUUGUGGUCGCGACUGUCCCUGUUCGUAUUCGCCUUGAUAAACAAAAGACUUUGAUGGGAUUCCUUCAAGAUAUCCAGACUCAGGCGUCCGACAUGGUCGAUUACGAGCAAUUCGGUAUUCAAAAUAUCUCUAAACUAGGCUUGGAUGCUAAGGAGGCCUGUGACUUCACCUCUCUCUUGGCUAUCCAGCCAGUUCAGCAUAUGAGCGCCGAUAGUAACAAUCCUAGCAAUCAAGAUGCUCUCAUCAUUCCAUCAGCUUCUGCUAAUGUUAAAGCCGAGGAUAUGCUGCAAAAUUACUUUUCUUAUCCCUUGGUCAUCCAGUGCCAUCUCUUUGACGACCACGUUAACUUAGUUCUCGUAUACGAUUCUGAUAUCCUCGAGGAGGCUCAAUUAGGCGCGCUUAUGCAUCAAUUUGACCAUGUGGUCCAACAGCUCCUUGCUCAGAACGAUGAACCAUUGGGCGAUGUGAGUGUUGCUGGUCCCUGGGAUCUCCAGCAAGCUCUGCAGUUAAACAACAAACAACCCGAAAUCGUCCAAACAUGCUUACACGACUUGUUCGCUGAGCAUGCCUUACGCGAUCCCACCCACGAAGCCAUUUAUUCUUCUGAGGGCAGUCUUACUUAUGGUGAGCUGGAUCAUCUCUCCGAUAUCCUUGCCGCAUAUCUCAGCUCUUUGAGUGUUGGUCCAGAAACAGUGGUACCGUACUGUUUUGAGAAAUCUAUGUGGGCCGUUAUUGCAAUUUUAGCAACUCUCAAGACAGGAGCUGCAUUUAUGCCUCUUGAUCCAUCACACCCCGUCAAGCGCCGUGCAGAACUGGUCAAAGAAGUCAAAGCUCGCGUGCUUAUCGCAUCUGAAAAUGCUGCUACCUCGUGUGCAGGUAUGGCUGAGCACAUCGUUGAGCUAUCACCAAGCGUGUUGGCCAAGCUCUCUGCUUCUGUUAUCCCAAGAGCCUUCCCUAAAGUUGGACCUAGAAACGCUGCGUACGUGCUGUUUACUUCUGGAUCAACUGGUAAGCCAAAGGGCGUAGUAAUGGAACACUCCGCUCUCACAACGAGUACUAUUGGUUACGGCCGCGUCUACAGUUUUAGUCCGGCAUCUCGUGUGUUCCAGUUCUCCAACUAUAUCUUUGACGGCAGCUUGGGCGAAAUACUUGCUACUUUGGCAUUUGGCGGAACUGUCUGCAUUCCUAACGAAUCUGAACGUCUACAAGAUGCGCCAGGUUUCAUUCGCAAGGCUCGCAUCAACACUGCCAUGUUAACGCCUUCCUUUGUCCGCACAUUUACACCUGAUCAAGUCCCGAACCUUAAGACUUUAGUUCUUGGUGGUGAGCCGGCUGGCAAAGAUAUUCUUGAUGCCUGGUGCGAUCGUGUAAAUCUUAUCAAUGGGUAUGGACCAGCUGAAGCAUGCAAUUAUGCCACAUGGCACCCGUUCUCAUCUAGCAAAGAUUCACCACACAUUAUCGGAAAGCCAUUUAACAGCUCUUGUUGGAUUGUGGAGCCCAAUAAUCACCACUUACUCACUCCUGUAGGCUGUGUUGGUGAACUCGUCAUUCAGGGCCAUGUCCUUGCUCGCGGAUAUAUCAAUGACUCGGAAAGAACCAAAACCUCCUUUGUUACAGAGAUUUCUUCACUAUCCACACAGACUAUCACUGGUCCUCAGCGUUUCUACUUGACAGGUGAUUUGGUGAGAUACUGUGCCGACGGUUCAUUGGAAUACCUCGGCCGUAAAGAUUCUCAGGUCAAGCUUCGUGGUCAGCGUAUCGAACUCGGGGAGAUUGAGUAUAAUAUUCAGCGCACUCUGCCCGAUAUUGAGCAUGUGGCUGUUGAUAUCAUCACUAGAGAAUCAGGACAAUCGCUUGUUGCUUUUAUCUCAUUUUUGGGUACCUACGACGACAACGGUGUUACCAGCUUUUCUAACAGUCUCAUCCAGCCAAGUGAUGCCCUUCGUACCGCUAAUGCCACUCUGCUUGAUAAUCUUAAAGCUGUUCUUCCCGGGUUCAUGAUCCCUAGUCUUGUUCUGCCUAUCAGAAAGAUGCCUUUUAUCACUUCCAUGAAGCUUGAUAGGAAGCAGUUGCGAACGCUGGCAAGCUCCCUGUCAUCCGAGGAGCUUGCCGUAUUUGCUCCUGGCAAGGCGGACAAGAUUGAACCAACAACUGAUAUGGAAUUCAAGAUACGCGAUCUCUGGGCUCAAAUACUCAAAAUCUCGCCUGAUGAAAUUGGCAAGAAUGACAGCUUUUUGCAAAUCGGAGGAGAUUCCAUCUCGGCUAUUCAUUUAAUCUCAUUGGCUCAAGAGAAGAAUAUUCUACUCACCGUUGCUUCAAUAUUCGCCGAUCCCAGAUUGUCUGCAGUUGCUCUCUCUGCUCGUCUAGGCGAGUUUAAGGAUACUUACAGUACUGAGCCUUUUAGCAUGAUCCCACCUUCCGAGCGCAAUGCUAUCGUCAGCGAGAUUGAGAAGCAAUGCAAUCUCCCCAAAAAUCAGUCAAUUGAAGAUGCUUAUCCGACUACCAAACUACAAGCAGGACUUAUGUCAUUAGCCGUCAAGCAGCCUGGCUCAUAUACCGCUAGAUAUGUGUACCGUAUUCCUGAGCACGUCAAUAUUGAUCGAUUCAAAGCGGCUUGGAACAAGACUGUCGAGGUCUGCCACAAUCUUCGCACUUCUAUUGUUCUUGUUGGUUAUACAACCAUUCAAGCUGUCAUCAAAGGCAAUUUAGAUUCAUUAUGGGAGCCAACCGCGGGUGUUUCGCUGCAAUCCUAUAUACAGAAUGCAAUCCAUGUCUUCAAUAUGGGCUAUGGUACACGCCUCUGCCGCUAUGCUCUCAUAGAAGAUGGCGGUAGCCACUACUUUGUAUGCCACAUGCACCACUCAGUGUAUGACGGCUGGACAUAUCCGCUUAUUAUGGGCACUUUGUAUGCUGCGUACGCUGGCACUGAAUUGCCUCCUUUGCAGCCGUUCGCUCGCUUCGUGAAAUACACGACGAGCAUCAACGAUAACGAUGCUGCAGAGUACUGGAAACGUCAACUUUGUGAUGCCCAGCGUGCUUCUUUCCCAAGGGCUGAUCAAUACUCUGCCACAGCUAACGGCGAAGUCGAUAUAACCCGGAUAUUGCAAAAGUCUAUUGAGUUUCCACGCUUCACAAACACUUCUAUUACCAAGGCCACAGUCAUUAGGGCAGCCUGGUCAAUUGUUUUGGCUCAAUACUGUGAUGUCAAUGAUGUUUGCUUUGGUACUACCGUCUCUGGUCGUCACGCGCCUGUUCCUGGCUUGGAGUCCAUGCCUGGCCCCAUGUUUGCCACUGUUCCUGUCCGCGUUCGUCUAGAUAAAAAGCAGCCUAUAUCAAAAUUUCUACAGGAUAUUCAAAUUCAAGCCUCCGAGAUGGUUGCCCAUGAACAGUUUGGCCUCCAGAAUAUCUCUGCUUUAAAUUCAGAAGCUAGGCAAGCCUGCGACUUCUCCAGUCUGCUCUCCAUCCAGCCUGCUCAACGACCGACCGGUGAUGAGAAAGGCAUAGAUAAUGACGGUUCAAUAUUAUUACCUGGUGAAUCUGGCAGCUCCACCGAAGAGUCUUUGCAAAACUUUGCAAACUACCCCCUGGUUCUUCAAAUCGUUGUCAUGGACAGCCAAGUUGAGCUGUUGCUCAUUUACAAGUCUAGCGCUAUGACUGAAUUCCAAGCCACGGCAAUCUCUGAGCAAUUUGGUUAUGUCGCUAGGCAACUACUCGCUCAAGAUGAGAGGAUGCUUGGUGAUGUGGAGGUCGCCGGCUCUUGGGAUCUCCAGAAGCAACUCGAAUGGAACGACAAGAUCUACGGACCUGAGGACACCACUCUUCACGAUCUGUUCUCGAAGCAAGCUGCCCGUAGACCUAACCAUGAAGCUCUUUACAGUACUGAACAAUCUAUGACUUAUACUGAGCUUGACAAUUUGACAACUCAGCUGGCUACAUACCUCUACGGCCUCGGCAUCCGAGCUGGGGCCAUUGUUCCCUUCUGCUUCGAGAAGUCUAUGUGGGCUAUCGUUGCGAUGAUGGGUAUUCUCAAAGUCGGUGGCACUUUUAUUCCACUAGACCCUUCUCACCCAGUUAGCCGACGCCAGGCUUUGAUUGAUGAAGUUGGCGCACAAUUCAUGAUAGUAUCGCCGACAACCGCCCCCAACUGCCAGGGCAUGGUCCAAAGCACGAUUGAGCUUUCGCCAUCCUUGAUUUCCUUCAUCUCUACCCGCAAUGCUACGACACAGACUGUUAUAAGCUCUGAUCCUAAUAAUGCUGCGUAUAUCUUGUUUACUUCUGGCUCAACUGGCAAGCCAAAGGGUGUCGUUAUUGAUCACAAGGCUGUCUCUGCUGUGCUCCUCAGGCAACGAGAGGCCUACGCAUAUAACGACGAUACACGAAUGCUACAAUUUGCCAACUAUACCUUUGAUGCUUGUAUUGCUGAAAUCUUUACAUCGCUUGCUGUGGGUGCUACAGUUUGCGUGCCCACAGAGCACGAACGAUUGCACAAUACCGCCGCCUUCAUUCGCGAAGCUCGCGUCAAUCACGGGCUGCUCACGCCUACUUUUAUCAAGACUUUAUCACCAGAACAAAUUCCCGGAAUGAAGUCUCUUCUCACUAUGGGUGAAGCUCCUUCAAGAGAACUCAUAGAGACUUGGGCAGGCAAGAUCGACCUCCACAAUUGUUAUGGUCCAGCAGAAGCCUGUGUCACUUCUACCAAUUACACGUAUUCGCCUUCUAUCAAGACUUCUGCAACCCAUCUUGGCCGCAGUUUUACCCACGGCAUAUGGAUUGUCAACGCUGAUGAUCAUAACCGCCUAGUGCCUGUUGGCUGUGUUGGUGAGCUGUUGCUACAAGGCUCAUGUUUGGCUCGCGGCUAUAUCAACAAUGAAGAGAAGACGAGGCAAUCAUUUAUUGAAGAUGUUGAUUGGUUACCAUCCGGUGUCAACAUUGGCGAGCGUCGUUUCUAUAAGACUGGUGACUUGGUUCGCUACACCCCAGACGGCUCAAUCGAGUAUCUUGGCCGGAAGGAUACCCAAGUUAAGAUCCGUGGCCAACGUAUUGAGCUGGGCGAAAUCGAAUAUCAAAUUAGGUGCGCUAACGACACCAUGGAACACGCUGUUGUUGACAUUUCGCGAAAUGACAGCCAUGAAUCUCUCAUUGCUUUCAUCUGCUUUACGUCCCACCAGGAAACUGAGACUGCUUCUAAUGAAGUAAGCUUCACAGAGCUUACCAGUGAGCUGCAAGACACAUUUUCAGACAUAGCUGCAAAAAUUAGCUCUGUUUUGCCUGCUCACAUGGUCCCUAAAUACUUCAUUCCUGUUGACCAUAUGCCGCAUAAUGCUUCCGGAAAACUGGAUCGCAAGCUGCUUCUUGCAUCUGCUGCCAAAUUUACGACUGAAGAACUUUCGAGCUAUCUCACUGAUCAGCGCUUGCCUUUCCGUGACUGCUCCAAUGACACUGAAUUCUGGAUCCGUAACCAGUGGGCGAUUGCUCUUAACCUUCCUGGCGAGACCAUCAGUGUAGACGACAAUUUCUACAGCCUUGGCGGUGAUUCCAUCCGCAUUGUUACCAUCUCCAAGGCUAUCGUCAGCCAAUAUGGCGUUUCUCUUGGGAUGUCUCUUCUCAAUUCGAAGCACACUACGAUCGCAAACAUGGCAGAACAUGUCAAAAACGAGCUCAGUGGACAAGAGGGACAAGAAAUAGGUCGCGUCGAUAUCAUGGCCGAAAUCUCGUCUCUUAAUCGCUCAAUAAUGGAAACUGGUGCCCUCGAUCUCGCUGCCAACCCUAAGACCGAAUUACCUGAUCAAGCCACCGUCUUCCUCAGCGGUGCAACGGGCUUCCUCGGCCAGGAAAUUCUCAGGCAGCUGGUAUGCAACAACAACAUUGCUUCUGUCAUCGCUCUAGUACGAUGCAAUUCUAUUGACCACGGUCUGGAUCGUAUUCGCAAGACUGCCAAGAUCGCUGGCUGGUGGAGUGAAGAUUACGCGAACAAGAUUGAGAUCUGGAGGGGCGAUUUAAGUAAGAAGCGCAUGGAUCUGACAAAGGCACAAUGGGCACGCUUGGCUGGCGAGUCUACUAACAAUAUCGAUGCCAUCAUUCACAAUGGUGCCAUUGUUAACUGGAAUGCCGAUUACAGCAAGAUGCGUCCUGCCAAUGUUGACUCUACUGUCGACCUUCUCAAAGCUGCUGUCAACUCUCCUGCCUCGCCCAAAUUCCUCUUCGUCUCUGGUGGUAUCAACACUGACCCUACUACGGAUCGCACAGUUGUCGCGCAAUACAUUGGCAACUUGAACGGCUACAGCCAGACCAAGUUUGUCUGUGAAGGUGUAAUCCAAGAGGUUAUCAACACUCUUCCCGCUGACCAAAAUCGCAUUUCCACUCUCAAACCCGGCCGCAUCAUUGGAUCUUCAGAAACUGGUGUGGCCAACGUGGACGACAUGCUGUGGCGUGUUGUUUCUACUGCUGCUUCUCUCCGCGUCCAUCCUUCCGAGCCAGAAAAUAAUUGGACCUCUGCCGUUGCUGUCGACACCGUAGCUUCCUCGGUGCUCAACCAAAUAUACACCAAGGAGGGUAUCAAACCCUUCGUCAGCGUUCAUGGAGGCGUACCCGCGACAGUAUUCUGGGAUCUUGUCAACAAAGAGCUUGAGGUUCCCUGCGAGCCUAUUACCUUGGAUGAAUGGAUCCACCGAGCCUUGGAGUCAAUGAACCAAGUCGGUGAAGAGCAUCCUCUAUGGCCUGUGCAGCAUUUCCUCGGUGCCAUCAGCACUCCUCGUACCGCUCGAGAUGCCGAAGUUGAAGAUUCUGAGCUUCAGCAGCGAUAUUUGGCUAUAAAGAUGAGUAUGCGAUACCUAAUUGAGAUUGGUUUCAUUCAGUCGUCUACAGAAGGAUUUUCGCAGCCUCGUCGCGCAGACACUUUCCAGCGUAUUCAUGGCUAAGGGGCCAACGGCUUUGACAUUGGAGGACGUGAGGUUUUCAUAUGUCUCUCUUUUCUAUUUCUUUUCCUAUUUCUUUUCGUCGUCUUUUUUCUUUCAUCAUAAUUGGUGACUUACUUCAAAGUCUUACAUUUUCUUUGUUUUCUUUAAACCUUCAUUAGAUUAGUCCUAUAAUCAGCACAAAAAAUGUGUUUCUCUUAGAUUAGUCUUCUUAUUCAACCGUUCAAAGUCAUCUUUUCUCAUACCGUCGGCCAUUGUGUGAAUAAAAGUGCC